GAAGAGAAAGAGGGAGAUUCUGGCCAUUACUCUUCAGACCCUGACUUGCCAGGUGCUCCUGUGUAUGGAAAUUGCCUUGUUACUGCAGCACCCCAGGGGCGUAAAAGGUUCGGAAGUGAACCUUGUCCUGCUGCUGAGGGUCUCGAUUGACAAAGAGACAUUGAGAGCAGUUGAAAGCCAGACGUGUGGAACAGUGAGAGAAAGUGACAGAAAUUACACAUUUUGUGGUCAGCUGGAAGAUGUCAAAAUUAGUUCAGCUGCCCAAUUGCAAGCAAUACAGCCUCAGGAUGUAAAAACCUGCUCAGCAACACAAGUCACUGAAAAAGAAGCCAGUGUUUGUGCUUUGACUGUGGAAAGGGAACAGCACCAGUGUUCAGUGUUGAUAGCUUCAGAGGCUGAGGUAUUUUUAAGAUAGAUUAAGUAAAUUAAUGUGGAGACUGCCUGGAGUGGCAAAAUAUCUUGGGCAACUUUUACCUGGAUUUUGCCAAGUCUCAACUUUACCCAGGAAUUGGGGUUAUUCCAUUGUGAAAUAUGAGAAAAACUCUCAGUUACUGCUGCUUGGAGCAAGAGCUGAAGGUGUUUUCAUACUUUUUUUUCAUUAAAAAAAGUGUUCUUGUUUUGAGUUGAUCAUGAUAUGUUAACUUUCAUUUCAAAAAAUGGGUCAUAAAAUUCCCUUCUUUUUCUGCAACAAUUACUCAUUAAUUUUGAAUUGUCUUCCAUUAACAGAUUACGAACCUAACAUGGUUCUAAAAUAAGUUUUAUUUCCUUGCAAAUUAAAUAAGAAUCAGAUAAGACACUGUGGGAGAACACCUAUCUUUGAUAACCGUAGUUAAUAAAUUGUUACAACAAAAAAUACACAUCAUAGUAACAAGUUUCCUGAGCUGACCUAUAUGGAAGACUGAGGGAUUCAUUGAAGAAGAUAAGGAUAGAAGGAGAUGUACUCUUAAGUAUCUAUUGGAUUAAUUUAAAUUUUUUUUGUAGAAAGAGCAAAUACAAGACUCUUGUCAGCUCUCAACAGACUUGGUGCAGUCAGGAGAAUAUUAUAUGCUUUCACCAGUAUGUUCUAACAGAAGUGAUGUUACAAAAAUAGUUCCAAUGACAUUGCCACCAGCACUGCAACCAACCCUUCCAACAGGUUGGUAUAUAAUGUUACCAAUGGCGCAGUGUCAACCAGAACUCUCACUCAUUCUGCUUCUCACCUGUUAAGCGUCUUACCCACUGCAGUUUACCUGAACAUUCUGAAGUCUAGCUAUCAAAAGUUCCUGGGUUUACUGAGUAAAGAGAUGGAAAUAUUAUGCAAUGCUGCACAUUUUUUCAUUAAUUCUCUUGCAACCUUUUAUUAGUUUUUCUGUAUCCAGUGAAUGAAUAUAGUUUUCUAACCUGUAAUUUGAUAGUCGAUUACUUCAGCUGUACAUGAGAAAUUUGAUGGCUGGUGUUUAGCUGGCAUUUGAUCAAAAUAUUUAUUAGGUAACCCAUUGGAGACAAUGUACAAAUCAAGGUGUUGUCCACUCCAUGAAAAUAUUAGUCUGUUGAUGACGACCAUAAAUACUGAAAAGUAUCUUGGGUAUGAACAGGGAAACACUGUUGAUAGCAGCAAUGAAUUUAGAUAAUCUAUGUAGUUGUCAUGUACAUUUGUAGCUCAUAAGAAGACCAUUGAGACCAGGAAGUAAAUGGUUAAACAUUAAUGUAGUACAUGUUCUAUACUCUAUAAAAUUCAGUUCUUUGAGGAAAAAAGUUGAUAUUGUUAGAUGAAUUAUUACAAUUCUUUGGUGUGUGUGUGUGUGUAGGUGAUUUACCAGAGCAGAUAAAUUCUUCCACCCUUGCAUCUCAUUUGAAAAGUUUACAAAUCUCUAGUAGAGAUACAGAGAUCCAGAAGUCAUAUGAUCAGGCUUCAACAGAGACAUUCACAGCAAAAGGGAGUCAAAGUGCUCAACAGCUAAGGCAGCCUCAGUAUCCAAAAACUCAAGUUCCUGCUAAUGAAGCCAGCGUAUCUGCUCUGACUAAAGACAACCAGCGAAACACAUCUGGGACUAUUGGGGCUUUUGACGAUCAGGUAAUCAUCUACAAAGUAAGAAUAGUAUUUCAAAAUGAAGAAUAGUGAACAGCUGUAAUUUUUAGCUGUGGUAAAUUAAGGUGCCUGAGAAGAAUGCUUCUCACAUUGAGCUUAAACAAACUAUUGUACAACAGUCAACCACACAUAACAUGUAAAAUAAAAAAUGAAUGAAGUGGAGUCUGAAUCAUGAGGAGGUGAGCCUAAUUUUGAUAGUUGCAUGCUGGCUAAUUUCUAUUUAGAUGUAUGGAAUACACUCCUGUUAUUUUGUGUGAUUCUCGCACUACAGUUGUACCACAAUUCUUGAUGAAAACUCUGCAGAAGCAGGCAGUGAUUAACCAACAGUUGUUUUGUGGUCACAAAAACAUCAAUCUUGGAAACUGUUUUAAAUGGGUUAAUUUGAGAUUGUCUACUAAUAAAAAGUAGAAUGAGUCUUUGUUGAAAGAAGGUUUUGAUGAACAUCUGGUAAAAUGUGUGUAGGGCAUGAUUUGACUGUACAUUCAUCUCCACAUCUUGGAGAAAAAUUGAGUUGUUUUCUGUGUACUGUUUGAAAUGAAAGUGAGUUAAACAUGGCUCUCUCUAAAAAUGGACUACUGGGUAAUUGAAAUGCAUAGGUAAGCAUGUCAUGACAGAGUUGAGCAAGAAAAAAUAAGUGAAGACCUCUUAAUUUCCCCAAAAUUUGUGGAGGUGUGGCAGUGUUAACUUGCUGGAGUGCCAUUUUCAACGAUUCAGCAGUGUGCCAUUUUUGUGAUCCAUCCUUAUACUCAAAUCUUUGUCCUUAUGGUGUGACAAAGGCAAGAUUAAAAUUUUAAUUAGGUGUACAUGUGCCACUGUGAUGUUUCACUCACUGCCCACUGUCUUUUAUGUCAUUUCACUUUAUUCCCUAUUUUCCUGUCGUUGGUCAUAAUGCGGUAAAGUAUGUACCGUGGGACCCUGCUACAACCAUUGCGGGUGGGCCAGGUAGAUUCGAUCUUAAUGCAGCAAUGCAGGAUAGUUGGAUAUACAAUGAGUAGAUAAAAAACAUAAAAUAAUCAUUUGUGUCAGAGAAACUAUAUCAAACUUACCUUUUAAUUUUCGAAAUAUAGAUCAUUGAACUGUUAGCUUCUUUUGAGUGUGAGGCAAAUUCUUCUGGUAAGUUAAAAGAAGUAACAUGUCAUGUCAUUGUAAACUAUAAUGUUGAAGGAAAUAUGAUUUUAAUGCUUAUGCAGCCCCCCAUCAACAUCCACUUUUCAAUGCAUAAAGCAUGAUGAAACUUGAAUAACUUCUUCACAUUAGCAGAGAUGUGAGCUCCACUUUGCCAACCCCUGGUAAUAAAAAAAAUUUGGUGGAGGUUUGAUCUUGGAUACAUUUAUUUUUUUGAACUCACAUUCACCUUUUGGUCACCCUUACAAGUCUUAGCUUACUUUAUUUUGUAAUAAGGGAUUUUAAAAAAUCUUGGUGUAGUGAUGAGCAUAUCUGCUUGCUUUAAACUGAUUAGCUGAUACUGACUUUCUAGCUCAAAAUUUAAUGGAUGUUGAAAGGAGAGAAGAGUGGUUGAAGCAAUAUGAUUAUGAGGUUGUCAUAAAUCCAAAAGAGAGUCCUUUGCAGGUAAGAAUUUCUUUGUACAGUAUAUGUCAAUAGAAUGCAUGGUGCCCAUCUUUAAUUGUGUCAUAGCAUUGAUCUCCAAAUUAAAUAUAAUAUUGUAGAAACAUGCACUGUAUCUAUAAUAAACACCAACAAAAAAGGAAGUUUAGCAUUGUCUCCUAUGGUAAUUACUUCUUGUGUGUCUGUGUCAAACCUAUAUAACACUCAUUGCUUUUAGAUUUGAGGGUUUUUUUUUUGUAAGGACAUUGUGAAAUAGUUUGUGAUGUAUUUUUCACUAUUUCUGGAUGCAAUUCUGUUAGUUGUUUGUUAUCAGAGUACAGCAUAAAGGGCAAAUUAAAGAUUGCAUUUCAAUUUCAGCGAUCAAUUUACCUGCCUAUUUUUGUCUGUCUCUGAUGUGUUAAUGUUCAAGUUUGAGUAAGGUUAAAAUAAUUAUUUGUUGGCACUGAAUUUGUUUCCCACAUCUGCAGGGAGGAGGCCCCUGUAUUUUUACCUUCAAACCUGAGCUGCCAUUAGAUGUCAAUGUGAAAGCUUCCUUUGGUAAUUUAAAACCAAUUACACUAGAGAAGACAAGACGUGGCUACCUUGGUGAAAUUCCAGGUUUGUAAAAUUAUCAAGUAGUAUACCAACCAGGAAACUGUUUUCAAAUUAACCCCUUUAUAACAAAGAUUUAAUAGAGGCAACAUUGAUAUUGGGUGUUCAUUGACUUAUAAUUUCAGUUAUCUUUUUUAACUACUGGUAUCUUUAUUUUUAAUUUUUUUUACUUAAGGGUAAACAUCCUACAAUUAAUCAUUGUUUACUUAAAGCAAUGUUGUGUAGAUGAAAGUAAUUGCUUACUAUUACUGGCUUUCUUAAAAUUGUGACCUUUCUCCAGUUGCUUGUGGCAACUGAAGUUAAAAAAUAGCAUACAAAACCCAUACCUACAAACGUCCUAUAAGCACAAACUACAAAACUGAGUUGCAAAUUUAAUAGCCCUGCUAUAUGAAAAAGCUCUCAGUGAAAAGCAAGUUUGUUGUAAGUUUUCUCUUCCUUCAAAUCAUCAUCUGCAGCAGUAAAAUAAAUUAGGUGGUUAUUUAAAUGGGACAAACCUAUGGGAUUCUGCUAUGGAAGGUUGUCUUUCAAAACUACUAGUUGUGGUAAUUUCUCUUUGUAUUACUAAAUAUAAUUACAUACCUUAUCAUCCAUGAGAUUUUUUACAAAGACAUAUGUCACUGUUUUAUGGAAGUAUUUCAAUGUCUUCAUCACCAUUUUAUCCAUAGCUUCACCUAAAAUGACACCUGAAGUCAUUCCAGUCUGGCUCAUUUCAACAACCACUGGCAAAAUUCUGGCAGAGACUUCUUUAGAGUACUGUGGAGUGCUGUAUGUGCGGAAAAAUUUAGGUGGGAAGCCUGGAGCCUGUGGUAGUGGAAGAAGGGAAGAUGGAGGCAAUGACGGUGGAGCCAGUGGAGGUGGGGCUAGUGGAGGUAGAGCCAGUGGAGGUAGAAGCAGUGGAGGUGGAAGUAGUGGAGAAGGGGCUGGUGGUAGUGGAGUCAGUGGAGAUGGGACUGGUGGAACGGGAGCAGGUGGAUGUGGAGGAAAGGGAUGUGGAAGCUAUGGAGGUGGAGCUACUGGAUGUCAAUACAGAAUAGGUGAAACACAAACUUUUAAAACUCUCAGUUUAUUUAUUGGAAUUGAAACCAAUUUGACUCAAACAUUUUUCCUUGCUAGGAUUUUAAAAAGGAAAAUGCAUCAUUUUGAUUUUUUCAUAGUAUCAUAUCAUUUUUGAAAAGCAGGCUGCAGUGAUUCUCAUAUUUCUUUUUGAUUGUGUUAAAUUCAGAAGCUUCUCAACUGGGCUCAGAUGUGGUGUCGAAGUUGUGUGAGCUUAUACAAAAGUGCAGUGUGGGUAUCCAGAGGCAGGAACCAUCUGCCACACAAAAUAAAGGUAAAUACAUCAAAGAGCCAAAGUGAAGCAAGAAUAAAGUUGGCAUUAUAAUUUGAUUGAACCUAGCCUAGAUGGAAUUUAAUUGUUUUUUUUUCGGUUAUAAAGAAGCUAAAUUUGUUUGGGAAAUGACUUUGAAAAUAAUCUUGACAUUGUAAUUUGUAAUGGUCAUGUAUUGGCCUGACUGGAGUCCAGUUCAGUCGGUGUAAUCAUAUGGGUGAUUGAGAAAAUAAAAUGACUGUAAAUCAUACGACAGAUUACAGUCAGAAUUGAACAAUGUUCAGCCCAAUAGUCCAUAAAUCAAAAUUACAAUGAAAUGAGAGAAACAUUAGUUAAAGACAUACUCAGAAAAUAGUCCCCUGAGAGGAAAUGAGGUCACUAGUAUUGAAUAGUAAACUAAGAGUUAAACACUAACCAUGUGAUUGUUGAAAUGUUGUUUGCACGGUAUUUUACAAAAAAAUUGAUUUAACUUUUGGACCUAUCAAAACAAUUUACAAAAAGGGAGGUUUUGUGGUGCUAAUUUUUGGGGACAGGGAGUAGGAUGUGCAUGGCAUUGUUAGGUAGGAAAGUAUUUGUAGAAGUUGUCACUAAGUGCCAACAAGUAAAAUUGAACCAAGAAAUUGGUCUAAUCAUCCCUGAAUUGUGUGUUUACUAUCUGAAAUGAUGUGAGGCCAAUUAUGUAAAAUCACACCAUUACCAAAUAUUAGAAGUCCUGUACAUUAUAGUGUCUGGUAGAAAAAAAGGAAAAUAGAAGGGAAAAAAAUAUAAGUUAAAAAAGUCAAAGUUUGUCAGCUAGAUGCAUCAAACUGGUGACCCUCAGCUUACAAACCAACUGUACAGGGACAGACAUCUUGAUGUGAGGUCUUACUUUAAAUGGUCAUUCUUACUUACUUACACACCAUUGACAUAGAGCCAGCAAGGCUAAAAAAAAAAGUCAGCUAGUCUUUUUACUUUGCAAAUGAUCAGUACUGUCCCAGAUAGGACAUUUUAACCGUACAAUUACACUGUCCAAAUAGAAGCAAGACAUGCACACUGUCCUGCUAGUAUUGAAAUUGGGAAGCUGUCAGCCAAUCCUGUUUGAGAAUUCUGGUUGCUUCAACAUUUAACAGUAUUAAGAGUGCAGUGGUCUUUGUUUUGAGUUAAGAGUUUUAAAUGUGUGCUCCUCAAAGUUCAGUGUAUGUAGUUAACUUCCUUUUAUUUUCUUUGCCAUAUUCUUGCUACCUGUGGUUAAAUUUCAAAAUGAUUGUGUAAAGCAAAAGCUAGAAGUACAUUUAUUGUCAACUUUUGGUAUUUUUUAGUGUACUUUUACUGUAGCUAAGUUCUUCUCACACUUAAAUUUUCAUGUGGAGUGUUACUUCUCACAGCAUGUACUGAAGCUGAGGAGGAUUUGGAAGCUGAUCAACUGUCAUGCACUCAGGAAAGUAAUGAAAACUACUUUGCUGACACAGAGGAUUGCUCAAGUGUUUCAUCUGAAACUGAUAGUGCUUUGUCUGACUCAGAAAGCUGGGAUGAAUCUUUAAGUGGUGAGUUAUUUGUAUUCAACAGUGUUAUUUAAUUUCAAUUAAUUUACUUUCCCUGAACAUACAAUAAUAAUGAACAUGUGACUACGCAUGUACAAAAUGAGCUAUAAUUUAAACUAUCAGUAGAUAGGGCACAAAUGACUUAAUGAUGUCUCUUAUUCACAGAAAGGAUAAUGAAUAUUGAUUGUUGUUAUCAUAUAAGCUAAACAUGUAAGGAGAGGAUAAAAAUCUGGUUUUAGGAUACCCUCUGGGCUUUAUUAUUGUUUUGAAAUGUGUUGACCUCAGAAUUCUUUAGAGAGCAAAACAGGUUUUCAGUGUUAGGUGCACCUCUAACAAAACGUUUUUCUUUUCAAUACAUAAUUUUCUGCUGAGUUCUAGAGCUCCAGUUCACCAGUGGUGUCUUUUCUCAAAAUUUCUGAGAAUUUUUUGUAGGCACUGUGAUUAGUAAAUUAAAGUCAUUCAUGAUUAUAAAUCUUGUUUUGAUGACACUGUCUCUUUGUUUAAUGAUAUAUGGAGUGACUUUUAUUUUUAUCUUCUUUAUCCAGAUUCUUCACUUUCAUUCUCCUGGGUGAAUUCUAGAUCAAGCAAAUCUCUAGAAGCCAUCCCUGAAACAGAAUCAACUCAAAAUUCAUACAAAGCUGUUUACAGUAAACUUGAUGUGAGCCAUGAAAUCCUAGCACCAAUGACAGAGGGCUUCACCACUGAGGAUAGCAUUGGUGACAAUACAUUUGUUGGAUGUGGUGUUUGUCAUAAAUGGAACACAUCUCUGCCAGAGUCAAAAGAGUCUGAAGAAAAUUGUGGAGAAGAUGACCACAAUGAAAAGCAGGAUUCAAGUCAGGAAUGGGUUUUUUAUUCUGAAGAAGGAAACUCACAUACACUGUUAGCAUCACAUGAUGAUACCCCAGUACAUUGUCUUGAUGUUCCUAAUCUUAAUGUGGAGAAUGAAGAAAGUCAGUACCAAGAUGAUGAACUUUUUGAGACACUUCACACAAAUGCUGAACCACAACUUUCAGAAUCAAUUUGUUCUGUAACUUCAAACCAGCAAUCAGCAACACAUCCUGAACCAAUUACUCAAGAGGCAGCUCAAUCUCCCUUAAGCAACCCUCUGUGGAAUGGAGACAGCAAAUUAAACAUGGCCCCUCAACAAUGUAGUGAUGAGGAAAUACACUCAGGUCAGGAAUGGGAAGAAUCAGGUAAAUAUUCUGAUGCAAAUGAGAGUACAAUUAUUUUUAUCUCUCCUUGCUGAAAGAAACAUUUGUAUGCUGAUAAAAAUAACUAUUCAGUGUUUACAAAUUCCUCUUGUAUGCCUUAAACUGAAUUUUUGAUAUUUAUUUCAAGAAUUAGUUACACAGAAAUGGCAGAGUGUUAUGGAACCACAGGUUAUGGCUAGGAAUUAUGUGUUCAUAGUCAUUUUAACAUUUUUGUCCUAUUGAUACCAUUCAGGGGUUUUAUUGGUUAAGAGAUCUGGUUUUAUAUACAAAUAGAAACUUGUUUGAAGAAAUACCGGUAGUGAGAGCUGUGGCAUUAGAUCAAAGAAAUGCAGUAAUUGAGACAAUUGCUGUAUUUUUUAUUAGCUCUCUUUCAAACCUAGAUACUGCUUCCAAUUGUCAUCUAAAUACAAUUCCAUCCAUUCAUAAGCCAUCCCUUCACUUCCCAGAAAGUUGGAUCUAGGACUAGGAUUAUUCCAAAGCAGGAAAAUCUUAAGAACCUGUUUAAAACCAACUCAGUAUUUGCAUAAUGUCACUAACAAGGAAACUUAAACGAGCCAUGAUAUGUUGCCAACAAUUAUUGAAGGGGAAGGUCUCGCCAGUUGGUUUAAUCUUUGUGAGAAUGAAGAUAUUGGAAAGAAUGAGCAUUCAAGAUGGGAAGUAUCAUCUAUGGAACCAAGUAAGACUAAUGGAGGUGUGGAGAAAGAUAUCUUUGAUUCAGAAGAAGAUUUAAGCCAAGAACAGGGGCUUAUUUCUGAACAAGAGAACUUUCAUACUCGCUUAUCAUUACCAGAUGAUACCUCUGUUCAGAGUCGUGGUCCUAGAGUGGAGAAUGAAGAGAGCCAGGUAGGUUUGUUAUGUAUAGUUUUUGCAGACCUUUACACAAUGUUUCACAAGAUAAAGUGAGUGCAUGUAUAAAUCAGCCAAUGACUGUAUACAUGUCAUUCGUCAGUUAUGUCAUUAAUCAAGUAUUAAGUAUUUGAAACUGUAAAUGUAAAUCUGUGUUAGUGCUCAGUCUCCUUUCGUUAUUAUAUUAUAAGCUACUAAGCUCAAACAAUUUCCAUUUCAAAUAUAUUAAAGUUGACACGGCAACCAGAUGGACAUUCAGACAUAGUUUGAUGCUACUCUGGUUUGCAGAUUUAAUGAAUGUAAUCGAAGAAGUUACAAUUCAUAGACCCAACGUUUCGACACCCUUGUCUAGUGCCUUCAUCAGGGGUGAUCUAAACGCUGAAACAAGGGGUCCAAGUAGGAGUAGAGUAGUCCAAGUAGGGCCCACCUUUUCGUGUACCUCACUCCCAGAGUUUGGCAUGGCGCACCAACCACAAAUCUUUAUUCGCCAUUUUUUUCGCCCAUAUUUUUUCUUGUGCAAGAGAUCUUGCCUCAAAGCAGGGGCAGCUUGUUGUCCAGGUUUCUGUUCUCAUUCGUGACAAAAUGUUUUAUGGUCUUCCCUUCACAAUUUACCAUUUUCUUCAAUUUAUUUAUCAAAACCAUUGCAACUUUGAUGAUCAUUUUAAGUAUUUUAUCUCUGUGGAGAAUGUGGUAGCCUGUUUCAGGGAGUUUGUUUAUAAAAAGAAACGUGAUAGUAAAUUGCACAAUAGUACACCAGUCCUGUAGCUGUUGAGCAAAGAACCAGGGAAGUUUGGGUCGGGUUGCGUAAGGAACGCGUUCCUCAAGCUACCCGACCUAAACCUGUUUCUUCAUUUUUUUCUCUGCUGCUACUAUCGCAUUUGUUUUGCUCCGUUUUCACAACUGCUUGCCUGACCCGACCGAAACAUGCUUCCUCAUUUUGCUCCACUACUACCAUCGUGCCUUUUGUUUUAUUUUGCCCUGCUGUAUUAACUAAAUGCCUGGAACAGGCUAAGAGUGUGGUAGUUGGGAGAAACACUGUAAGCACCAUGGAAAUGAAUUUUCUUGAGAAAAAAAUUUUGUAGUGUUCUGCCAAAGGAAAACCAUUGUAGAAAGUUCUGCUAUAGGGUCUUAUUCCAACCAACUUGAUACCACUAAGAAGAAGAAUAUUUAACAUCCGUUAGCAUAAAUUACAUAUAUACCUCUUACUAGUCGUAAAGAAUGUAAGUAUGCCCAUUCAAAAGGUCAUAGUAAGUCAACAUAUAAUAAACAAUGUGCACAGGGAAAUCCAGAGAAUUUGUAUGUCUGCGUAAAUGAUACUACAACUUCUGUGCAAUAAUAGUCAUAUUCCUGAGAAUUCUUAUUUGAGUAUGGAUCACAUGCUUCCUUUUUAGUGUGGGAAAAGACUGAUACAAAGCUGUCAAUUGACAAAUUUACAGUAUGGGUGGGAACUGGAUCCAAAAUCAAGAACCCUUAGGUUUAAGAAUAAAGGUCAUGGUAACAUCUUGCUCCCGAACCUGUGAAGUGUAGUUAGUCCCGGAGUAUAUUUGAAUUUUUAUUAAUUUUAUUAAUUAAAGUAAAUUCGUUCAGCUUUUUAUCUACCUUUCUUUUUUUUCUUCUCUAGUCGAUUGGUGACAUUUCAAUAGUUGAAGCAGCCAGGAAUGGUUACACUGACACUGUUCGGCUACUUGUAGAGAAAGGCGCUGAUGUCAACCAAAGUGGGAGCAUGGUAGGUUUUAAGCUUAACUGUAAUAAUGAAAUAGUUUUUUGUCACCGUUUUUGUCACUGUUUUCUGAAGACAGAUAACAGUGUGGUUACUGUUUUGUGAAAUUCUGUAAUAUAUUCUGGAAAUCAUGCUUUUAGACCACAGUGACUCAAAGAAUCUGUUUAUUUCUUUUAAAGUUAUAUUUCAAAGAGCACUCGAGAGUCCUUCCAUUUGGCGCCUGUUUGAAACAAAGAGAACUAAGUUGACUGAUUUAUUCUGUGGUAACAGACAUUUGUUUUCAGUUAAAACGGGUUAGAUGACAACAGUAAUUACUCUCAAACAUACUCUUUAAGUCUCAUUCUCCACUUUUGUGUAUGAAGUUUUAAAAUAUUGGGAUUGCUUUUAUUUGAAAUCUUCUUGUGAAUAACUCUAACACCCUGAUAAAAUCUAGGCAUAUCCAUGAUUUGUUAUUUUAUGGUGUAAGCUAAAUGAUCAUGUUUUUCAGGUAUAAAGUUAUUUCAGCUUUUAUCAUAAUUAAUUAGCGUGAUAUUUCUUAUCCCCAAGGAAGAAUCCUUAGUAAGUAUCCUGAACUGUGGAUCAUGUGGCAGAGACAGAAGCCAUGUCAUGAGGGUCACCCUGUUAUUUCAUUCACGUUGCCCCUUUUUUUUUAGCUUUACUUAAAGAAGUGCCAGAUUCGUUGUUUAGAAGCGCAAAACGUACACAUGUUUGUGUAUUGGACAUGCGCACAUGUAUUCACCAUGCUUGAAUCGUUUAUUAGACGUUACAGCCAGAUUUACAAACGAAAUCUUUUGUUGAACGAUGCAUUUAGGAAAUAUCAACUCCUAGAUAUAAUAUUUAUUGUCUCAAAGAAUAGUCCAAACGUUGCAGAGCGUUACUUGGAAUCAGCUAGUACAAUUUUAUUUUCGAGCCUUAAUGAGUCCUAUCACGUUUGGAAAUCAAACUAUCGUUAACUCUACACCUUUUUCUGUCAACUUAAAGAAUUAGAUGUCCACUUAUUUCCAAAUUGAGUAUUGUUAAGUAUGAAUCCAUGGGAUUUCAGUGGCGAACUGUUGCUCAAAGUAAUACCCAUUCUGACAUUAUGUUAAAAAAAAAACCUCUAAAGUGUAGUCGUCUCAAAGGCAGAUUCAACCUUGUAUCCUUAUGUUAGUCAUAAAAGAAGAUGAUAUGCACUUUAUAUAUUACUGUACUUGGUCAUUGUGUUUCUUCUUUCCUAGAUUUCAAAGUUCACUAAACUGAUUUUGGCAGCAAGGAAAGGCCAAACAGAUAUUGUUUGGUUAGUUUUAAAGGAGGCUAUUGACCAGAACAAAACUGUAAAUUGGGUACGUUAAUAGCUUAUUGUAUUAGUUAUGUAGGGUUUAGUGAACAUCUUAUGGCUGUUCAUGUAAUACUCCUUCUUACCUUAUGCUUAAAAAAAGCUGCAGAGUGUAGUAGUCUCAACCGUAUAUCCUUACCUCGAUCAUUAAAGAAGGGAAUAUGUUCUUUAUAUAUUACUGUACACUUCUCAUUGUGUUUUUUUCCUUAGUUUUGUGAGCACUCUCCACUCACUGCAGCUGCAAGAAACGGUCACACUGAUAUUGUUCGGUUGCUCAUAGAGAACAGAGCUGAUGUCAACAAAGGAGAAUGGGUACGUUAGAAGUAUAAAUGGUAGAUGUUAUCUAAAGUUUCCUUACGUUUGGGAAUCUAACUUUCGUUAACUCUAAAGCUUAUUUUGUCGCUUGAAAAGUAAAAUGUCCCUUAUUUUCCGAAUCGAAUGUUGCUUAGCUUAUUUAGUUUUCAUUUAAAUAUUUUAAGCGCCAAAUAGUGUACUCUUUGAUCGGCCCGGAAAUAAAUAACUCGCGGUUAAACUGGACGGGAACUUUGCAUCGACAAAAGCCAUGGAUCAAAAGUAAGGCAGAAAAUAUUUGGAGACCAUAGUUUUAUUCAAAGAAGGGCUGAAUUUGGGCAAAACUUGUGAAUGCCUUGUUUUUUAGAUGCGUGCAACAGAUUUACUAUUAUUAUAUAAUCGUUGUUUACAAGACUUUCCGGCCAGAUAAUUGCGUAGCGAUGUGUUGAUAACUUUUAAAAGGAGAAGGAUUUUGAAACAUAUUCUUCUAUUCAACAAUCGCAUUUGUUUUGCUCCGUUUUGUCAACUACUUGCCUAACCUGAGCGAAACAUGCUUCAUCAUUUUUGCUCAACUGCUACCAUCGUGCCUUUCGUUUUAUUUUGCUCUGUUGUACUAACUAAAUGCCUGGAACAAGCUAAGAGUGUGAUAGUUGGAAGGAACAUUGUAACCACCAUGGAGGUGAAUUUUCUUGAGAAGGACUGAAUUUUGUCGUAUUAUGCGAAACGAGAACCGUAGAAAAAAUUUCUGCUAAGGGGUCUUAUUCCCACCAACUUGCUACCACUAAGAAGAAGAAUAUUUAACAUCAGUUACCAUAAAUUUCAUAUAUACCACUUACUGGUCGUGGAGAAAGAAGUAUACCCAUUCAGAAGGUCGUAAGAAAUUAUCAUAUAAUAAAAAAUGUAGGGAAAUACAGAGGAUUUGUAUAUCUGCGUAAAUGAUAUUACAACUUCUGUGCAGUAAUAGUUAUAUUCUUGAGAAUGUUUAUUUGACUUUGGAUCACAUGCUUCCUUUUUAGUGUGGGGAGAGACUGAUACGAAGCUGUCAAUUGACAAAUUUACAAUAUGGGUGGGAACUGGAUCCAAAAUCAAGAACCUCUAGAUUUUAGAUUUCCAUACAAUAAUACUCAUGGUCCAACUCAACCCUUGCUCCUGAACCUGUGAAGUGUAGUUGGUUCCGGUGUAAAUUUGAAUUUUUAUUAAUUUUAUUCAUUAAAGGUUCAGCUUUUUAUCUACUUUUCUUUUUUCCCUAUCCAGUCGAUUGGUGACAUUUCAAUAGUCGGAGCAGCCAGGAAUGAUUACACUGACACUGUUCAUCUGCUUGUAAAGAAAGGAGCUGAUGUCAACCAAAGUGGGAGCAUGGUAGGUUUUAAGCUUAACUGUGUUUAUGAAAUAGUUUUUUGUCACAAUUUUGAAUUUAGAUUUCUGAAGACAGAUAACAGUGUGGUUACUGUUUUGUGAAAUUCUGUAAUAUAUUCUGGAAAUCAUGCUUUUAGACCACAGUGACUCACAGAAUCUGUUAUAUUUCUUUUAAAUUAAUAGUUCAAAGAGCACUUGAGAGUCCUUCCAUUUGGCGCUUGUUUGAAACAAAGAGAACUAAGUUGACCGAUAUAUUCUGUGGUAACAGACACUUGUUUUCAGUUGAAAGAGAUUAGAUGACAACAGUAAUUACUCUAAAACAUACUCUUAAAGUUUCCUUCUCCGCUUUUGGGCCUGAAGUUUUGAAAUAUUUGGAUUGCUUUUAUUUGAAAUCUUCUUGUGAAUAACCCUAACACCCUAAUAAAACAUAGGCAUAUUCAUGAUUUGUAAUUUUAUGGUCUAGGCUAAAUGACCAUGUUUUAUACUUUAAAGAAAUAUCAUCAACUAGAAAUAAUAUUUCUGUCUCAAGGAAUACUUUAAACGUUGAAGAGCGUUACUUAAAAUCAGCAAGUACAAUUUUAUUUUCCAGCCUUACUGAGUCCUAUCACGUUUGGAAAUCAAACUCUACACCUUUUUUUGUCGCUUGAAAAGUUAGAUGCCCAUUUUUUCCAAAUUGAGAACUAUUUAGUUUAUUUAGUUUUCAUUUAAAUUUGUAAGCUCCAAAAAAUGUAUUUCUAUCGGACCCAAGCCGAAAACCAUCGUAAAAGGUUUGAAACUCGGGGUUAAACAGGAAGGCAUCUUUCCAUGGACAGUAGCCAAGUCUGUGGUAAUGGAAGUCAUUGUGUUGCUUCAUUCUUAGUGCCCAUUCUAACCAUUAAAAUGAAUUCAUAUGAUUUUCAUAUGAUUUUCUGAACUGUUGUAAAAGGUAAAACUCCUUCUGACCUUAUGCUUGAAGAACGCCUGCACAGUGUCGUCUUCCCAAAAGCGGAUUAUACCAUAUAUCCUUAAGUUGGUCAUAACAGAAGAGAAAAGGCGCUUUAUGUAUUACUGUACCUUUUUAUUGUGUUUUUUCUUUUCAAUAUUUUGAAGGGCCUUCCUCUCACUGAGCCUGAUAAGAACAGUCACCCUGAUAUUGUAAGGUUGCUUCUAGAGAACGGAGCUGAUGUCAACAAAGGAGGAUUGGAAAUCAAACUAUCGUUAGCUCUAUACCUUUUUUUGUCGCUUGAAAAGUUAGAUGCCCAUUUUUUCCGAAUCGAGAACUAUCUAGUAGAACUAUUUUAAAGCGGAUAAUACCAUAUAUCCUUACGUUGGUCAUAACAGAAGAGAAAAGGCGCUUUAUGUAUUACUUUACUUUUUUAUUGUGUUUUUCUUUUCAAUAUUUUGAAGGGCCUUCCUCUCACUGAGGCUGUUAAGAACGGUCACACUAAUAUUGUAAGGUUGCUCAUAGAGAACGGAGCUGAUGUCAACAAAGGAGGAUUGGUACGUUAGAAGUAUAAAUGGUAUAUGUUAUGUAGUGUUUAGUCAAAGUUUUAAAGUCAGAUAUUUUAUGGCUAUUCAAAUUUUGAGAAAUUGAGAGCUAUUUCUGUUUCUUUCUCGUUGUUUCUUUCGUAACGUUACAGUGUCACCCUAGUCAUAAGAUGAUAUUCUCGCAAGCUACAAAGAAACUUAAAUAUAGAGCAAGGCAGACUGGCCAGAAAAUAUUCCGAGACUAAAGCUAUAUUCAAGGAAGGGCUAAAUUUAUGUAGAAGGUGAAAGUUUAUGAAUGUCUUGCAUUUACGAGACGCGCGUAACAGAUUCACUACGCUUGAAUCGCUUUUUUAGCUCUCAUUUUAAUCUCCAUAAAGUGUAUCUCAGUGAGACCGGAAUUGAAAAACCAUCUUCAUAAAAAUUUUAAAAUCGUGGCUAAACUGGGCAUAGACAGAAGUCAGAUUUUCUAAAAAAUGCCUCUAUUUAACAAUACUUUUAGGACAUAAACACUUAUAUUUAGAUUUGCAAAAACCACUUUAAGUUCACUUUUCAUUUUCCAGCCAUAAUUCUCAUCACUUUUAAGAAUUAUAUUAUCGUUGAUUCCAAAGCUAAUUUUGUUACUCUGAUAUUUGGAUGCCUAUGAUUUCCGAAACAAGUAUUAUUUAGUUUACAUAGUUUUCAUUUAGAUUUUUAAGCUCCAAAAAGGUAUCUCGAUCGGACCGGAACUAAGAACGAUUUUAAAAGGUUUGAAACUCGUAUUUAAGCAGAAAGAGACCUUUGCAUAGACAGCUGCCAUGUCUAUGGUGAGGGGGGUCAUUGUGUUGCUUCAUUCUUAGUGCUCCUUUAACCAUUAAAAUGAAUUAAAAUGAUUUGAUGAACUGUUGUACAAGAUAAUACUCCUUCUGACCUUACACUAAAAAAAAGCUUGCACAGUGUGGUCUUCCCAAAAGCAGAUUCAACCAUAUAACCAUACAGAAGAGAAAAUGCGCUUUGUGUAUUAUUGUACUUUCUCAUUGAAUUUUUUCUUUCCAAUAUUUUGAAGGACACUCCACUCACUGAAGCUGCAAUGAACGGUCACGUUUUUAUUGUAAGGUUGCUUAUAGAGAAUGGAGCUGAUGUCAACAAAGGAGGAUUGGUACGUUAGAAGUAUAAAUGGUAUAUGUUAUGUAAAGUUUGAAAGUCAAAUAUCUCAUGGCUGUUCAAAGUUCUUUUGUUGUUGAGCAAAACGGCGUUGCAAGAAGCUGCGGGCUCUUUCCAUUUCUUUCUGGUUGUUUCUGUGGAAGCGUUAUUGUGCCACCCCAGUCAUGAGAUGAUAUGCUUGUGGGCUACUAGGGAACUUGGGUAGAAAGCAAAGGAUACCUGACCAAAAAAUAUUUUGAGACCAUGGCUUUAUUCAAGAAAGGGCUUAAUUUCUUUAGGGGCGCAAAAUAUAUGAAUGUCACGCGUUCAUGAGACGCACGUAUGAGAUUCAUCAUGCUUGAAUCGCUGUUUACUAGACUUAACGACCAAAAAAUUGCCUCGCGAUCUAUUGAAAGUUUUUGAAAGGAGAAGGAUUUUUUAACAAAUUUCUCUACUUGGCAGUACUUCUAAGAAACGAACACCUAUAUUUAGCAUUACUAAAACUACUGUAAAUUCAGGUUUCAUUUUCCAGCCAUAAUUCGUAUUACGUUUAAAAUUUGGGAAUCGAACUAUCGUUAACUCUAAAGCUAAUUUUCUCGCGUCCUCUUUUUUUCAAAAUCGAGUAUUACUUAGUUUAUUUAGUUUUCAUGUAAAUAAUUUAAGCGCCAAAUAGUGUACUCCAAUCGGACCGGAAAUGAAAAACUCGCGGUUUUACUGAACAGGAACUUUGCAUCGACCGAAGCCAUGAAUAAAAAGCAAGGCAAACCUGGUCAGAAAUAUUUGGAGACCGUAGUUUUAUUCAAAAAAGGGCUAAAUUUGUUAAGAAGUGCAAAACUUGUGAGUUCCUUAAUUUUUAAGUUGCGUAUAACAGAUUCACCCUGAUUAUUUCGUUGUUUCCUGGUCUUUACAGCCAGAUUAUUGCGUGAUAAUGUGUUGAAAGUUUGUAAAAGGAGAAGGAUUUUAAAACGAGUUUUUCUAAUCAACAGUACUUUAGAGAAACGAAGACUUAUAUUUAAAAUGAUAUUUACCGUUGAAAAGCUGCUUCAAGUUCACUUUUCAUUUUCUAGCCAUCAUUAGUAUCAGGUUUUCCUAAUGAAGUAUAAUAUAAUUUUAUAAGUUGUCAUUUAAAUUUGCAACCUUAAAAAAAUCUCCAUCUAACCGGAACUGAAAAACCAUCUUUAAAGGUUUAUAACUCGCGGGCUCGGCUAAGCUGGAAAAAAGUCGUGUCGAUGGUGACGGGGGUCGUCGUGUUACUUCAUUCUUUGAGCCCCUUCUAACCAUUAUUACAAAUUCAUACGAUUUGUUGAAUUGUUGUAUAAGGUAAUAUUCCGUCUGACCUUAUGCUGAAUAAACCUGCAGAGUGUUAUCGUCUCUAAAGCAGAUUCAACCAUAAAUCUUUAAGUUGGUCAUUACAGAGGAGAAAAUUCGCCUUAUGUAUUACUGUACUUUCUCAUCAUGUUUUUUCUUUCCAACAUUUUUAAGGACACUCCACUCACUGCAGCUGUAAGGAAUGGUCACACUGAUAUUGUAAGGUUGCUUAUACAGAACGGAGCUGAUGUCAACCAAGGAGGAUUGGUACGUCAAUAGUAUAAAUGGUAUAAGUUAUGCAAAGUUGUUGUACAAUUUAAUAUUUUUAAUGGUUUGAAACUGGACAGGAAAUUUGCAUAGACAGAAGUCAAGUCAGUGGUAAGGGGGUCAUUGAAAUGCUUUAUUCUUAGUGCUUAUUUUAACCAUUAGAAUAAAUUGAUAUGAUUUGUUGAACUGUUGUACAAGGUAAUACUCCUUUUUGAAGUGGUGAAUAAUGGCUGUAAACAUAUGAAAAUCAUAUGAGUGUAGUGCGGUUGAUAAAACGAAUAUAGAAUCGAUCCUCACAGUUAUGAACACUACUGAACCAGUGGUUGAAAUAAGGCCUAUAAAAAUUUCAGGCCAACAUAAUGACCAGCUCUCAGAUGGCUUGUUAGCUCAGUUGGUUGAGAGCUGCACCGGUAUCGCAGAGGUCACGGGUUCAAAUCCCGUACGGGCCUGAAUUUUUUCCAGGUCUUAUUUCAACUACCAGUUCAGUAGUGUUCAUAACUGCGGGAUCGAUUCUUCGUGACUCCUUUUGACCUUACGCUAAAAAAAGCUCGUGCACAGUGUAGUCGUCUUAAAAGCAAAUUUAACUAUUUAUCCUCAGGUCGGUCGUUAAAGAAGAGAAAAAUGUGCUGUAUAUAUUACUGUACUUUCUCAUUGUGUUUUUUCUUUCCAAUAUUUUGAAGGACACUCCACUCACUGAAGCUGUAGCGAACGGUCACACUGAUAUUGUAAGGUUGCUCAUAAAGAACGGAGCUAAUGUCAACCAAGGAGGAUUGGUACGUUAAUGGUAUAGAUGAAUUAUGUUAUGUAAAGUUUGGUCAGAGUUUGAUAGUCAAAUAUUUUAUAGCUGUUAAAUUUUUUAUGCUGUUGAGCAAAACGUUUCAAGAAAUUGGAAGCUUUUUUAUUUCUUUCUCGUUGUUUCUUUCGUAACAUUACAGAACCACCCCAGUUUUAAGAUAAUAUUCUUGCCAGCCACUAGGAAACUUGGAUAUAAAGCAAGGCGAACCUGGCCGGGAAAUAUUUCGAGACCAUAGUUUUAUUCAAAGAAGGGAUAAAUCUGCUUUGUCGCGCAACACUUAUGAAUGUCUUGCGCAUAUGAAACGCGCGCAAGAGAUUCACCGUAGUUUAAUCGCUUUUUUUAGCUCUCAUUUUAAGCUCCAAAAAGUGUAUCUCUAUGAGAGCGGAACUGAAAAGCAUCUGAGGAGGUUUGAAACUCGCAGUGAAACACGAAGGAACUUAGCAUUAACAGAAGCAAUGUCAGUAAUGAGGAGGGCCAUUGUGUUGCUUCAUUCAUAGUACCCCUUCUAACCAUUAAUAUGAAUUCACAUGAUUUGCUGAAAUGUUGUACAAAGCAAUAUUUUUGGGGGUUUGAAACUCGCUGCUAAAAUGGACAGGAACUUUGCAAAGACAAAAGUCAUGUCAAUGGUGAGGGGGGUCAUUGUGUUGCUUCAUUCUUAGUGCCCUUACUAAUCAUUAGUAUGAAAUCGUAUGAUUUGUUGAAUAAAGUAAUGCUCCUUCUUACUUACACUAAAAAACACUUGGGCAGUAUAGACAUCCCAAAAGCAGAUUUAACCGUAAAUCGUUUGGUUGGUCAUUAAAUGAGAGAAAAUGCACUUUAUAUAUGACUGUACUUUUUUUGUUUUUUUAAUUUAUUUAUUUUUUUAUUUUCUAGAAUCUUAAACACAAUCCACUCACUGCAGCUAUAAGUUAUGGUCACACUGAUAUUGUAAGGUUGCUCAUAGAGAACGGAGCUAAUGUCAACCAAAGAGGAUUGGUACGUUAAUAGUAUAGAUGAAUUAUGUUAUGUAGAGUUUAGUCAGAGUUUGAUAGUCAAAUAUUUUAUAGCUGUUAAAUUUUUUUCGCUGUUGAGCAAAACGUUUCAAGAAAUUGGAAGCUUUUUUAUUUCUUUCUCGUUGUUUCUUUCGUAACGUUACAGAACCACCCCGGUUUUAAGAUAAUAUUCUUGCCAGCCACUAGGAAACUUGGAUAUAAAGCAAGGCGAACCUGGCCGGGAAAUAUUUCGAGACCAUAGUUUUAUUCAAAGAAGGGAUAAAUCUGCUUUGUAGUGCAACACUUAUGAAUGUCUUGCGUAUAUGAGACGCGCGCAAGAGAUUCACCGUAGUUUAAUCGCUUUUUUUAGCUCUCAUUUUAAGCUCCAAAAAGUGUAUCUCUAUGAGAGCGGAACUGAAAAGCAUCUGAGGAGGUUUGAAACUCGCAGUGAAACACGAAGGAACUUAGCAUUAACAGAAGCAAUGUCAGUAAUGAGGAGGGCCAUUGUGUUGCUUCAUUCAUAGUACCCCUUCUAACCAUUAAGAUGAAUUCACAUGAUUUGCUGAAAUGUUGUACAAAGCAAUAUUUUUGGGGGUUUGAAACUCGCUGCUAAAAUGGACAGGAACUUUGCAAAGACAAAAGUCAUGUCAAUGGUGAGGGGGGUCAUUGUGUUGCUUCAUUCUUAGUGCCCUUACUAACCAUUAGUAUGAAAUCGUAUGAUUUGGUGAAUAAAGUAAUGCUCCUUCUUACUUACACUAAAAAACACUUGGGCAGUAUAGACAUCCCAAAAGCAGAUUUAACCGUAAAUCGUUUGGUUGGUCAUUAAAUGAGAGAAAAUGCACUUUAUAUAUGACUGUACUUUUUUUGUUUUUUUAAUUUAUUUUUUUGUUUCUUUUUUAUUUUCUAGAAUCUUCAACACAAUCCACUCACUGCAGCUACAAGUUAUGGUCACACUGAUAUUGUAAGGUUGCUCAUAGAGAACGGAGCUAAUGUCAACCAAAGAGGAUUGGUACGUUAAUAGUAUAGAUGAAUUAUAUUAUGUAGAGUUUAGUCAGAGUUUGAUAGUCAAAUAUUUUAUAGCUGUUAAAUUUUUUAUGCUGUUGAGCAAAACGUUUCAAGAAAUUGGAAGCUUUUUUAUUUCUUUCUCGUUGUUUCUUUCGUAACGUUACAGAACCACCCCGGUUUUAAGAUAAUAUUCUAGCCAGCCACUAGGAAACUUGGAUAUAAAGCAAGGCAAACCUGGCCGGGAAAUAUUUCGAGACCAUAGUUUUAUUCAAAGAAGGGAUAAAUCUGCUUUGUAGUGCAACACUUAUGAAUGUCUUGCGCAUAUGAGACGCGCGCAAGAGAUUCACCGUAGUUUAAUCGCUUUUUUUAGCUCUCAUUUUAAGCUCCAAAAAGUGUAUCUCUAUGAGAGCGGAACUGAAAUGCAUCUGAGGAGGUUUGAAACUCGCAGUGAAACACGAAGGAACUUAGCAUUAACAGAAGCAAUGUCAGUAAUGAGGAGGGCCAUUGUGUUGCUUCAUUCAUAGUACCCCUUCUAACCAUUAAGAUGAAUUCACAUGAUUUGCUGAAAUGUUGUACAAAGCAAUAUUUUUGGGGGUUUGAAACUCGCUGCUAAAAUGGACAGGAACUUUGCAAAGACAAAAGUCAUGUCAAUGGUGAGGGGGGUCAUUGUGUUGCUUCAUUCUUAGUGCCCUUACUAACCAUUAGUAUGAACUCGUAUGAUUUGGUGAAUAAAGUAAUGCUCCUUCUUACUUACACUAAAAACACUUGGGCAGUAUAGACAUCCCAAAAGCAGAUUUAACCGUAAAUCGUUUGGUUGGUCAUUAAAUGAGAGAAAAUGCACUUUAUAUAUGACUGUACUUUUUUUGUUUUUUUAAUUUAUUUAUUUUUUUAUUUUCUAGAAUCUUAAACACAAUCCACUCACUGCAGCUAUAAGUUAUGGUCACACUGAUAUUGUAAGGUUGCUCAUAGAGAACGGAGCUGAUGUCGACCAAGAAGGAGGGGUAUGUGAGAAGCAUAAAUUGUACAUGUUAUAAAGAGUAAAGUCAGAGUUUGAAGUCAAAUAUUUAUGGCUGUUUAAAGUUUUUUUUUUCGCUGUUGAGCAAAACGUUGCAAGAAGCAGCGAGCUCUUUCCAUUUAUUUCUGGUUAUCUCUUUCGAAGCGUUAUAGUGCCACCCCAGUCAUAAGAUGUCAUAGCAUGAUAUGCUUGCGGCCCACUUUUAAACUUGGAUAGAAAGCAAGGCAAACCUGGCCAGAUAAUAUUUUGAGACCAAACUUUUAUUCAAAAAAGGGCUAAAUUUCUUUAGGGGUGUAAAACAUAUGGAUGUCAUGCGUUCAUGAGACGCCCGCAUGGGAUUCAUCAUGAUUGGAUCGUUGCUUACUAGACUUUACGACCAGGAAAUUGCGUGGUGGUUUUUAAAAGGAGGAGGGGUUUUUAUGAAGUUUCUUGAUUGAACAGUAGUUUUAGGAAAUGAACACUUAUAUUUAGCAUUAAAAAAACUACUUUGAGUUGAGGUUUCAUUUUCCAGCCAUAAUUCGUAGCACAUUUAAAAUUUGGGAAUCGAACUAUCGUUAACUUUAAAGCUAAUUUUCUCGCUUGAAAAGUAAAAUAUCCUUUUUUCCGGAAUCGAGUAUUACUUUAUUUAGUUUUCAUUUAAAUAUUGCAAGCGCCAAAUAGUAUACUCCAGUCGGACCGGAAAUGAAAAAUUCACGGUUUAAUUGGACGAGAACUUUGCAUCGACAGAAGCUAUGGAUAAAAGGCAAGACAAACCUGGUCAGAAAAUAUUUGGAGAUCACAUAGUUUUAAUCAAGAAAGGCUAAAUUUGUGCACAACUUGUGCAUGACUUGUUUUUUUAGAUGUGAGGAAGAGAUUCACCAUGAUGAAAUCUUUGUGUACUGGACUUUACGGCCAGAUAAUUCCAUUAAUAAUGGUGAAGUGUUGAAAAUUUGUAAAAGGAGUAGAAGUUUGAAACGAGUUGUUCUAUUCAACCAUACUUUUAGGAAACGAAGACUUAUAUUUCAGAUGAUAUUUAUCGCUGAAAAGCUGCUUCAAUUCUUAUCACGUUUGAGAUUUAAAUUAUCGUUGAUUCCAAAGCUAAUUUUGUUGCUUGAAAAGUUAGAUGCCCAUUAUUUCCGAAACGAGUAUUAUUUAAUUUAUGUAGUUUUUAUUUGUAAGUUCCAAAAAGCGUAUCUCCAUCGGACCCGAGCUGAAAACCAUCUUAAAAGGUUUAAAACUCGUGGAUAAACAGGAAGGCAUCAUUGCAUAGAUAGUAGCCAUGUUUGUGGUGAGGGGUCAUUUUGUUGCUUCAUUCUUAGUGCCUAUACAAACCAUUACUAUGAAUUCAUAUGAUUUGGUGAACUGUUGUACAAGAUAAUACUCAUUCUGACCUUACACUUAAAAACACUUGCACAGGGUAGUCGUCCCUAAAGCAGAUUUAACCAUAAAUCGAUUGGUUGGUCAUUAAAUGAGAGAAAAUGCACUUUAUGUAUUACUGUAAUUUUUCAUUGUUUUUUCUCACCUAUAUUUUGAAGGACACUUCACUCAAUGUAGCUGUAAAGAAUGGUCACACAGAUAUUGUGAGGCUGCUUAUAGAGAACGGAGCUGAUGUCAACAAAGGAGGAGGGGUAGGUUAGAAGCAUAAACUGCAUAAAUAUUUGGAGACCAUAGUUGUAUUCAAAAAGGGGCUGAAUUUGUUAAGAAGUGCAAACAUUGCGAAUUCCUUAAUUUUUUAGGUGGGUAUAACAGACUCACCAUGAGUCAAUCGUUGUUUACUACAUUUUACUGAUAGAUAAUUGCGUGGUAAUGUGUUGAAAGUUUGUGAAAGGAGAAGGAGUUGUGAACAAACUCUUCUGUUCAACAAUACUUUUAGGAAAUGAAGACUUAUAUUUGAAAUGACCUUUAUUGUUUAAAUGUUGCUUCAAGUUCACUUUUCAUUUUCCAGCCAUAAUUUACAUCAGGUUUUCCGAAUGGAGUACAAUUUAAUUUCUUUAGUUUUCAUUUAAAUGUGGAACCUCCAAAAAGUGUAUCUCCAUCUAUCCGGAACUGAAAAACCAUCUUUAAAGGUUUAUAACUCGCGGCUCAGCUAAGCUAGACAGAAGUCGUGUCAAUAGCGACGGGGGUCACAGUAUUGCUUAAUUCUUUGUGCCACUUUUAACCAUAAUUAUAGAUUCAUAUCAUUUGGUGAAUUGUUGUACAAGGUAAUAUUCCUUCUGCCCUUAUGCUGAAAAAAACCUGCAGAUGGUGAUAAUCUCUAAAGUAGAUUCAACCAUAUAUCGUUACGUUAGUCCUUUCUCGUUGUUUUUUCUUUUCUAGAUUUUGGAGCACACUCUACUCACCAAAGCUGUAAGGAGAGGCGACACUGAUAUUGUAAGGUGGUUCAUAAAGAACGGAGCCAAAGCGGUCAACAGUAAAGGAGGGGUACGUUAGAAGCAUAGAUUGUACAUGUUAUAAAGAGUUAGCUGAGAGUUUGAACGUCAAAUAUUUAUGGCUGUUCAAAGUUUUUUCGCUGAUGAGCAAAACGCAGCAAGAAGUUACGAACUCUGUCCAUUUUUUUCUUGUUGUUUAUUUAUGGUUGAAUCGCUUUUUUGGCUCAUUUUAAGCUCCAAAAAGUGUAUCUCGAUGAGGGCGGAACUGAAAACCAUCUUAAAAAGAUGUCAAAUUCGUGGUUAAACACGAGCGAUCUUUGCAUAGACAAAAGCCAUGUCGGUGGUGAGGGAGGUCACUAUGUUGCUUCAUUAUUAGUGCUCCUUUUAACCAUUAAUAUGAAUUCACAUGAUUUGCUGAACUGUUGUGCAAGGAAAUAUUUUCAAUUGAUUGAUACUCGCCGCUAAACUGGACAGGAGCUUUGCAUCGACAGAAGUUAUGUUAAUGGUGAGGGGGGGGUCAAGGUAAUACUCCUUCUGACCUUACACUAAAAAACAAUUCCUCAGUGUAGUCGUCCAAAAAGCAGAUUUAACCAUAAAUCGUUAUGCUGGUCAUUAGAAAAUGCAUUUUAUAUGACUGUACUUUCUUAUUGUAUUUUUUCCUUUCCUAGAAUCUCAAGUCCACUCCACUCACUGCAGCUGUAAGUUGUGGUCACACUGAUAUUGUAAGGUUGAUCAUAGAGAACGGAGCUGAUGUCAACAAUGAAGAAGGGGUACGUUAGGGUUAAGGGUUAAGUCAGAGUUUGAAAGUCAAAUUUUUAUGACCCUUUAAAGUUUUUUCGCUGUUGAGCAGAAUGGGGCAAAAAGUUGCGAACUCUUUCUAUUCUCUUUCUGGUUGAAUCGCUUUUUAAGGUCUCUUUUUAAGCUCCAAAAAGUGUAUCUUGAUGAGAGCGGAACUGAAAACCAUUUUAAAAGGUUUGAAAAUUCGUGGUUAAACACAAGCGAUCUUUGCACAGAUAAAAUUCAUGUCAGCAGUGAAGGGGAAAAUUGUAUUGCUUUAUUCUUAGCACCCCUUCCAACCAUUAAAAUGAAUUUGCAUGAUUUGCUGAACUGUUGUACAAGGAAAUAUUUUUAAUGGUUUGAAAAUUGCGGUAAAACUGGACAGGAACUUUUUAGAGACAGAAUUCAUGUCAAUGGUGAGGGGGGCAUUGUGUUGCUUCGUUCGUAGUGAUGAUAUCGACCAUUACUUUGAAUUCAUAUGAUUUGGUGAGCUGUUGUAGAAGGUAAUACUCCUUCUUACUUACAAUUAAAAACACUUGCACAGUAUAGUCGUCCCAAAAGCAGAUUUGACCAUAAAUCGUUAAGUUGGUCAUUAAAUGAGAGAAAAUGCAUUUUAUAGGACUGUACUUUCUUAUUGUGUUUUUUCCUUUCCUAGCAUCUCAAGUACACUCCACUCACUGCAGCUGUAAGUUAUAAUAAUAAUAAUAAUAAUAACAAUAAUAAUGACAAUAAUAAUAAUAAUAAUAAUAAUAAUAAUAAUACAAGAAUUUAUAUAGCACCCUUUCCGUGUGCUCAAAGGCGCUUUACAGUAAUCGCAAUUCUAAAAUAUCAAAAAACAUUUGAGUUAUUAAAGAAAGUAUAUAACAUUUAUAGAAGAGAACGGCGCUGAAGUCAGAGUUUGGAAUUCAAACAUUUAUGGCUGUUUAAAGUUUUGUUCGCUGUUGAGCAAAACGUUGAAAGAGGUAGCGAGCUCUUUCCAUUUCUUUCUAGUUAUUUCUUUCGAAGUGUUAUAGUGCCACCCCAGUCAGAAGAUGUCAUAACAUGAUAUACUUACGGGCCACUAGGAAACUUGUAUAGAAAGCAAGGCAAACCUGGCCAGGAAUUCUUUUGAGACCAAAGCUAUAUUCAAAGGAGGGCUGAAUUUCUUUGAGUGCGCAAAACAUACGAAUGUGAUGCGUUUAGGAGACUACUUUUUUUGGGAUUCACCAUGCUUGCAUCGUUGUUUUCUAGACUUAACGACCACAAAAUUUCGUGGCAAUCUACUGAAAAGUUUAAAAUUGGGAAUCGAACUAUCGUUAACCCUUAAGCUAAUUUUGUCGCUUAAAAAUUAAAAUGUCCGUUUUUUUCGGAAUCGAGUAUUACUUAGUUUACCAAGUUUUCGGCGCUAACAAAGUGUACUCCAGUCGGACUGGUAAUAAAUAAUUCGUGGUUAAACUGGAAGAGAACUUUGUAUCGACGGAAGCCAUGGAUAAAAAGCAAGACAAACCUAGUCAGAAAAUAUUUGGAGACAAUAGUUUUGUUCAAAAAGGGCUAAAUUUGUUCAGAAGUGCAAAAGUUGUGAAUUCCUUGGUUUUUUCAGAUGUGUGUGACAGAUUCACAUGAUUAAAUCGUUAUUUACUGCACUUUACUGUUAGAUAAUUCCGUGGUGAUGUGUUGGAAAUUUGUAAAAGGAGAAGGAUUUUUAAAGCGAUAUUUACCGUUGAAAAGCUGCUCCAAGUUUACUUUUCAAUCGUUCAAUCGUGUCUAAAGUAGAUUUAACCAUACAUCGUUAUGUUAGUCGUUCCUCAUUGUGUUUUUUCUCCUCUACUUUUGGGCGCAGAUUCUACUUACUGAAGCUGUGAGGAAAGGUCACACUGAUAUUGUGAGGUUGCUCAUAGAGAACGGAGCUGAUGUCACCCAAGGAGGAGGGGUACGUUAGAAGCAUAAAUUGUACAGGUUAUGAAGAGUUAAGUCAGAGUUUGAAAGUCAAAUAUUUUAUGGCUGUUCAAAGUUUUUUUUCGCUGUUGAGCAAAACGUUGCAAGAAGUUGGGAACUCUUUGUAUUUCUUUCUUGUUGUUUCCGUCGUAAAGUUGUAGUGCCACCCUAGUCGUAAGACGUUAUGCUUGCGGGCUACCAGGAAACUGGGAUAGAAAGCAAGGCAAACCAGGCCAGAAUAUAUUUUGAGAUCAAGGCUUUAUUCAGGAAAGGGCCUUAUUUCUUUAAGGGCGCAAAACAUAAGAAUGUCAUGCGUUUAUGAGACGUACGGCUGAGGCGUAUACGAUUUACCAUGCUUGAAUCGUUGUUUACUGGACGUUACGACCAGAAAAUUGGGUGGGGAUGUAUUGAAAGUUUUAAAAAGGAGGAGGAGUUUUUAUGAAGUUUCUUGAUUGAACAGUAAUUUUAGGAAAUGAACACUUAUAUUUAGCAUUAAAAAAACUACUUUGAGUUGAGGUUUCUUUUUUCCAGCCAUAAUUCGUAUUACGCUUAAAAAUUGGGAACUGAACAAUCAUUAAACUCCAAAGCUAAUUUUUGUCGUUUGAAAAGUAAGAUGUCCGUUUUUAUCCGAAUCGAGUAUUACUUGGCGUAUUUAGUUUUCAUUUAAACAUUUUAAUCGCUAAAUAGUGUACUCCAACCGGACCGGAAAUGAAAAACUUGCGGUUCAACUGGACAAGAACUUUGCUUGGACAUAAGCCACGAAUAAAAAACAUGACAAACCUGGUCAGAAAAUAUUUGGAGACCACAGUUCUCCUUAAAAGAGGGCAAAAUUUGUUUAGAAGUGCAAAACUUGUGAAUUCCUUGAUUUUUUAGAUCCGUGUAACAGAUUAAUAUCAUAAUAUCAAAAACAUUUGAGUUAUUAAAGAAAAUAUAUAACAGUUAUAGAAGAGAACGGAGCUGAUGUCAAUCUAGGAGGAGGAGUCUGUUAGAAGCUUAAAUUGUAUAUCUUAUAAGGGGUUAAGUCAGAGUUUGGAAGUCAAACAUUUAUGGCUGUUUUAAGUUUUUUUCGCUGUUGAGCAAAACGUUGAAAGAGGUAGCGAGCUCUUUCCAUUUCUUUCUGGUCAUUUCUUUCGAAGCGUUAUAGUGACACCCCAGUCAUAAGAUGUCAUAACAUGGUAUGCUUGUGGGCCACUAGGAAACUUGUAUAGAAAGCAAGGCAAACCUGGCCAGGAAUUCUUUUGAGACCAAAGCUUUAUUCAAAGGAGGGCUGAAUUUCUUUGAGUGCGCAAAACAUACGAAUGUGAUGCGUUUAGGAGACUACUUUUUUUGGGAUUCACCAUGCUUGCAUCGUUGUUUUCUAGACUUAACGACCACAAAAUUUCGUGGCAAUCUACUGAAAAGUUUAAAAUUGGGAAUCGAACUAUCGUUAACCCUUAAGCUAAUUUUGUUGCUUAAAAAUUAAAAUGUCCGUUUUUUUCGGAAUCGAGUAUUACUUAGUUUACUUAGUUUUCAGCGCUAAAAAGUGUACUCCAAUCGGACUGGUAAUAAAUAAUUUGUGGUGAAACUGGAAGAGUACUUUGCAUCGACAGAAGCCAUGGAUAAAAAGCAAGACAAACCCGGUCAGAAAAUAUUCGGAGACCACACUUUUAUUCAAAAAAGGGCUAAAUAUAUUAAGAAGUGCUGAAGUAAUGAAUUCCUUGGUUUUUUCAGAUGUGUGUGACAGAUUCACCAUGAUUAAAUCGUUAUUUACUGCAUUUUACUGUUAGAUAAUUCCGUGGUGAUGUGUUGGAAAUUUGUAAAAGGAGAAGGAUUUUUUAAGCGACAUUUACCGUUGAAAAGCUGCUCCAAGUCUUUUCAAUCGUUCAAUCGUGUCUAAAGUAGAUUUAACCAUACAUCGUUAUGUUAGUCAUUCCUCAUUGUGUUUUUUCUCCUCUACUUUUGGGCGCAGAUUCUACUUACUGAAGCUGUGAGGAAAGGUCACACUGAUAUUGUGAGGUUGUUCAUAGAGAACGGAGCUGAUGUCACCCAAGGAGGAGGGGUACGUUAGAAGCAUAAAUUGUACAGGUUAUGAAGAGUUAAGUCAGAGUUUGAAAGUCAAAUAUUUUAUGGCUGUUCAAAGUUUUUCGCUGGCGCAAAACAUACGAAUGUCAUGCGUUUAUGAGACGUACGGCUGAGACGUAUAAGAUUUACCAUGCUUGAAUCGUUGUUUACUAGACUUUACGACCAGAAAAUUACGUGGUGAUGUAUUGAAAGUUUUUAAAAGGAGGAGGAGUGUUUAAGAAGUUUCUUGAAUGAACAGUGGUUUUAUGAAAUGUACACUCAUAUUAAGUUUUAAAAAACAACUCUAAGUUGAGGUUUUUUUUCCAGCCAUAAUUUGUAUUACGCUUAAAAUUUAGGAAUUGAACUCCAAAGCUAAUUUUUGUCGUUUGAAAAGUAAGAUGUCCGUUUUUUUUGCGAAUUGAGUAUUACUUGGUGUAUUUAGUUUUCAUUUAAACAUUUUAAGCGCCAAAUAGUGUACUCCAAUCGGACCGGAAAUGAAAAACUCGCGGUUUAACUGGACAAGAAUUUUGCUUGGACAGAAGCCACGAAUAACAAACAUGACAAACCUGGUCAGAAAAUAUUUGGAGACAACAGUUUUCUUUAAAAGAGAGCAAAAUUUGUUAAGAAGUUCAAAACUUUUGAAUUCCUUGAUUUUUAGAUGCAUGAACAGAUUCGCUAUGAUUAAAUCGUUAUUUACUGCACUUUAUUGUUAGAUAAUUGCGUGGUAAGCUGGACAGAAGUCGUGUCAGUAGUGAGGGGGGCGGGGGGGGGGGUCAUUGUGUUGCUUCAUUCUUUGUACUCCUUGCAACCAUUAUUAUAAAUUCAUAUGAUUUGGUGAACUGUUGUACAACGAAAUAUUCCUUCUUACGUAAUGGUUAAAACACCUUCAGAGUGUAAUUGUCUCUAAAGUAGAUUUGACCAUACAUCGUUACGUUAGUCGUUUGUCAUUGUGUUUUUUCUCCUCUCCUUUUGGGCGCAGACUCUACUUACUGAAGCUGUGAGGAAUGGUCACACUGAUAUUGUGAGGUUAUUCAUGGAGAACGGAGCUGAUGUCAAUCAAGGAGGAGGGGUACGUUAGAAGCAUAAAUUAUACAUGUUAUAAAAGUUAAGUUAGAGUUUGAAAGCCAAAGAAAGGCCAGAAUAUAUUUUGUGAUCAAGGCUUUAUUCAAGAAAGGGCCUAAUUUCUUUAGGGGUGCAAAAUAUAUGAAUGUCAUGCGUUUAUGACAUGCGUUUUCAGUUAGAUGUCCGUUUUUUCCGAAUCGAGUGUGACUUAGUUCAUUUAGUUUUCAUUUAAAUAUUUUAAGCGCCAAAUAGUGUAGUCCAGUCGGACUGGAAAUGAAAAACUCGCGGUUUAGCUGGACGGGAACUUUGCAUCGACAAAAACCAUGGAUAAAAAGCACGACAAACCUAGUCAGAAAAUAUUUGGAGACAAUAGUUUUGUUCAAAAAGGGCUAAAUUUGUUCAGAAGUGCAAAAGUUGUGAAUUCCUUGAUUUCUAGAUGGGUGUAACAGAUUCACCAUGAUUAAAUCGUUAUUUACUGCACUUUAUUGUUAGAUAAUUGCGUGGUAAGCUGGACAGAAGUCGUGUCAGUAGUGAGGGGGCGGGGGGGGUCAUUGUGUUGCUUCAUUCUUUGUGCUCCUUGCAACCAUUAUUAUAAAUUCAUAUGAUUUGGUGAACUGUUGUACAACGAAAUAUUCCUUCUUACGUAAUGGUUAAAACACCUUCAGAGUGUAAUUGUCUCUAAAGUAGAUUUGACCAUACAUCGUUACGUUAGUCGUUUGUCAUUGUGUUUUUUCCUCCUCUCCUUUUGGGCGCAGACUCUACUUACUGAAGCUGUGAGGAAUGGUCACACUGAUAUUGUGAGGUUAUUCAUGGAGAACGGAGCUGAUGUCAACCAAGGAGGAGGGGUACGUUAGAAGCAUAAAUUAUACAUGUUAUAAGUUAAGUUAGAGUUUGAAAGCCAAAGAAAGGCCAGAAUAUAUUUUGUGAUCAAGGCUUUAUUCAAGAAAGGGCCUAAUUUCUUUAGGGGUGCAAAAUAUAUGAAUGUCAUGCGUUUAUGACAUGCGUUUUCAGUUAGAUGUCCGUUUUUUCCGAAUCGAGUGUGACUUAGUUCAUUUAGUUUUCAUUUAAAUAUUUUAAGCGCCAAAUAGUGUAGUCCAGUCGGACUGGAAAUGAAAAACUCGCGGUUUAGCUGGACGGGAACUUUGCAUCGACAGAAACCAUGGAUAAAAAGCACGACAAACCUAGUCAGAAAAUAUUUGGAGACAAUAGUUUUGUUCAAAAAGGGCUAAAUUUGUUCAGAAGUGCAAAAGUUGUGAAUUCCUUGAUUUCUAGAUGGGUGUAACAGAUUCACCAUGAUUAAAUCGUUAUUUACUGCACUUCAUUGUUAGAUAAUUGCGUGGUAAUGUUUAAAAAGUUUGUAAAAGGAGAAGGGUUUUGAAACGAGCUCUGCCAUGUAACAAUACUUUUAGGAAACGAAGACUUGUAUUUAAGGUGAUGUUUACCGUUGAAAAGCUGCUCCAAGUCAAUUUUUCAUUUUUCGGCCAAAAUUUUUAUCAGGCUUUCUGAAUGGAGUAUAAUUCAAUUUCUCUAGUUUUCAUUUCAAUAUGGAAUCUUCAAAAAGAGUAUCUCUAUCUAACCGAAACUAAAAGACCCUCUUUAAAGGUUUAUAAAUUCAUUCUCUCAUUGUAUUUUUCCUUUCCUAGUUUCGGGGGGACAUUCUACUUACUGAUGCAAGUAAUGGUGACACCUUUUUUGAAAGGUGUUCGUCGUUACGAUUUGGUCAUACCAUCCAUAUAUUACUGGUACGUUAGAAGGAUAAAUUAUACAUGUUAUAAAGAGUUAAGUCAGAGUUUGAAAGUCAAAUAUUUUAUGGCGGUUCAAAGUUUUUCGCUGUUGGUUGUUUCUUUCGAAGCGUUACAGUGCCACCCCAGAAGAAGGAGAAGGAUUUUGAAACGAAAGCCUGCAGAUUGUAAUCGUGUUUUGAAACGAAAACCAUGUUAAAAAUCUAUAUGAUUUGGUAAAUUAAGGGCUAAAUAUCAUCAUAUUUCGAAUCGAGUAUUACUUAGUUUAUAUAGUUUUGAUUUAAGUCCUUAUAGUCCUUGAAGUGUGUCUUAAUCGGAUCGGAACUGAAAAAUCAUCUUGUAAGGUUUGAAAGUGUUUAUGGUGAAGGGUGCGCAAAUACCGUAUGGACAGACUUUCCAUGGCGUAUUUUGUUCAUUCCAAGAGCGGAUUUUACCACACAACUUCACUUUUCUUUAGGUCAUUAAAUAAGGGAAGCUGAGCUUUAUAUAUUACUAUUAUUAAACCACUACAUCUAUGGGUAUAGGUAUGGGUUGCUAUGUUUUACAGUUAUCAUAUUGUAUAUUAGGUAAGCCCCGAGAUCUCUGUUAUUUUGUAUAGGAAAUCGCAGUUUUUUCGCUGUUGAGCAGAAUGGGGCAAAAAGUUGCGAACUCUUUCUAUUCUCUUUCUGGUUGAAUCGCUUUUUAAGGUCUCUUUUUAAGCUCCAAAAAGUGUAUCUUGAUGAGAGCGGAACUGAAAACCAUUUUAAAAGGUUUGAAAAUUCGUGGUUAAACACAAGCGAUCUUUGCACAGAUAAAAUUCAUGUCAGCAGUGAAGGGGAAAAUUGUAUUGCUUUUUAUUCUUAGCACCCUUCCAACCAUUAAAAUGAAUUUGCAUGAUUUGCUGAACUGUUGUACAAGGAAAUAUUUUUAAUGGUUUGAAAAUUGCGGUAAAACUGGACAGGAACUUUUUAGAGACAGAAUUCAUGUCAAUGGUGAGGGGGGCAUUGUGUUGCUUCGUUCGUAGUGAUGAUAUCGACCAUUACUUUGAAUUCAUAUGAUUUGGUGAGCUGUUGUAGAAGGUAAUACUCCUUCUUACUUACAAUUAAAAACACUUGCACAGUAUAGUCGUCCCAAAAGCAGAUUUGACCAUAAAUCGUUAAGUUGGUCAUUAAAUGAGAGAAUAUAUUUAUAGGGCUGUACUUUCUUAUUGUGUUUUUUCCUUUCCUAGAAUCUCAAGUACACUCCACUCACUGCAGCUGUAAGUUAUAAUAAUAAUAAUAAUAAUAAUAAUAAUAAUAAUAAUAAUAACAAUAAUAAUGACAAUAAUAAUAAUAAUAAUAAUAAUAAUACAAGAAUUUAUAUAGCACCCUUUCCGUGUGCUCAAAGGCGCUUUACAGUAAUCGCAAUUCUAAAAUAUCAAAAAACAUUUGAGUUAUUAAAGAAAGUAUAUAACAUUUAUAGAAGAGAACGGCGCUGAGGAGUCCGUUAGAAGCAUAAAUUGUACAUCUUAUAAGGGGUUAAGUCAGUGUUUGGAAGUCAAACAUUUAUGGCUUUGUUCGCUGUUGAGCAAAACGUUGAAAGAGGUAGCGAGCUCUUUCCAUUUCUUUCUAGUUAUUUCUUUCGAAGUGUUAUAGUGCCACCCCAGUCAGAAGAUGUCAUAACAUGAUAUACUUACGGGCCACUAGGAAACUUGUAUAGAAAGCAAGGCAAACCUGGCCAGGAAUUCUUUUGAGACCAAAGCUAUAUUCAAAGGAGGGCUGAAUUUCUUUGAGUGCGCAAAACAUACGAAUGUGAUGCGUUUAGGAGACUACUUUUUUGGGAUUCACCAUGCUUGCAUCGUUGUUUUCUAGACUUAACGACCACAAAAUUUCGUGGCAAUCUACUGAAAAGUUUAAAAUUGGGAAUCGAACUAUCGUUAACCCUUAAGCUAAUUUUGUCGCUUAAAAAUUAAAAUGUCCGUUUUUUUCGGAAUCGAGUAUUACUUAGUUUACCAAGUUUUCGGCGCUAACAAAGUGUACUCCAGUCGGACUGGUAAUAAAUAAUUCGUGGUUAAACUGGAAGAGAACUUUGUAUCGACGGAAGCCAUGGAUAAAAAGCAAGACAAACCUAGUCAGAAAAUAUUUGGAGACAAUAGUUUUGUUCAAAAAGGGCUAAAUUUGUUCAGAAGUGCAAAAGUUGUGAAUUCCUUGAUUUCUAGAUGGAUGUAACAGAUUCACCAUGAUUAAAUCGUUAUUUACUGCACUUCAUUGUUAGAUAAUUGCGUGGUAAUGUUUAGAAAGUUUGUAAAAGGAGAAGGGUUUUGAAACGAGCUCUGCCAUGUAACAAUACUUUUAGGAAACGAAGACUUGUAUUUAAGGUGAUGUUUACCGUUGAAAAGCUGCUCCAAGUCAAUUUUUCAUUUUUCGGCCAAAAUUUUUAUCAGGCUUUCUGAAUGGAGUAUAAUUCAAUUUCUCUAGUUUUCAUUUCAAUAUGGAAUCUUCAAAAAGAGUAUCUCCAUCUAACCAAAACUAAAAGACCCUCUUUAAAGGUUUAUAACUUCAUUCUCUCAUUGUGUUUUUUCUUUCCUAGUUUCGGGGGGACAUUCUACUUACUGAUGCAAGUGAUGGUGACACCUUUUUUCCUCAUAAAAUCCAUAUAUUAGUGGUACGUUAGAAGGAUAAAUUAUACAUGUUAGAAAGAGUUAAGUCAGAGUUUGAAAGUCAAAUAUUUUAUGGCGGUUCAAAGUUUUUCGCUGUUGGUUGUUUCUUUCGGAUUUAAUCGGAUUGGAACUGAAAAAUCAUCUUGUAAGGUUUGAAAGUAUUUAUGGUGAAGGGUGCGCAAAUACCGUAUGGACAGACUUUCCAUGGCGUAUUUUGUUCAUCCCAAGAGCGGAUUUUACCACACAACUUCACUUUUCUUUAGGUCAUUAAAUAAGGGAAGCUGGGCUUUAUAUAUUACUAUUAUUAAACCACUACAUCUAUGGGUAUAGGUAUGGGUUGCUAUGUUUUACAGUUAUCAUAUUGUAUAUUAGGUAAGCCCCGAGAUCUCUGUUAUUUUGUAUAGGAAAUCGCAUCGGGAUCAUUCUACAAAAUAAAUCAGAUUGUGUCAUAUACCGAUCGCGGUACAAAUUGAUAGUAGAGACUGGUCACUAAUAGUGUAUUUAAUUGAAGAGAAGCCUUGCCUGAGGGUCCUCGAUCGUGUUGUUUCGUAAAGAGUACCUCUUUCCACUCAGCAGCAUAAAUGUAGACUAGCUGGUGAACUAUUUUAAAAUACAACUCUUGGAGAUAUCUGGCUACAAACCUUAUAGAAUAGAUUUAGUAGUGGUAGUCCCGAUUUAAAUUCCCAUAAAUUGUAGCCCUAAGAGGAAAAUGGUUGAGCUUCAAAUAUCUCUGUUUCGUUCUAUUGUUGUUAUUUUGAGAAUCAUUGCUCUCCAGCUGAAGUAGUAGUUCUUCAAAUCCUCUCCCUCUCUCUUCAGAAACUGUCAUUGCAAAGCUACAUUAAUUUUAGCUUCUUGAGUGAGACUGUUCAGUGAACUCAUGAGUGUUUUUUAAUUACUUUCUUAGUGGAUCAUUGAAGAAGUGGACCAGCGUAGAAAGUUCGUAGCUGAUGCUAGGGUAUGUUUGGUUGCUCUUCAGAAGAAGUUUAAUUUUGUGAUAGAAAUUCCGCAUUGGUUAAUUAACCAUAUUUACCCGCGCCAUUUAACAUAAACAGAUACGUCACAUGGUAUAUUUCAGGAAACGAGCUUCAUGUUGUGUGCAUUUUGUAAACACUCCUGUAUUAGUAUGAACUUAUUCAGCUGAACUUCCUUGUUAUUUUUCGUUACAUCUCAAAUGUGAUAAUAGGAAUGUUUUCUCUCUUCAGUCCCUUGGCUGAAUUUAAAACGCUUUAUGAAUUUCAAAGCAUUCAUUCUUGUGUAGCAUCUCAAUUGGUUCAUUCCUACUUGUGCUGUGUUCCAAGAGAUUAAAUUUAGCAGGCUGAAAAACGACGAUAGCUCCAGUUUGCUUUAUUUUAUAUCAUUUUUUUUCUUAAGCAUCUCAGUAGUCCGCAAUCCUAAUUCCUCGAAUCUGAUUGGCUAAUUCCGCGCGCUCCAGUGGUCCUAAUUUUCCCAUUCGGACCCAGGUGCAUUUUGCACCUUUCCAUCGAUUUACGAGAGAGGCUUAACGAUGUAAAUAUCAUAAAUAAAGUCAGAUUCAGACAACGAAGGCUAUCAAGCGACAGCAGAAAAACCUACCUCAAGACAAAGAAAACUAUCAUGAAACACAAACUGCCGUAAAAAUGUCAACAUAUUUCGAGUUCUUUUCGCAAGCAUUUCAUCAAUUUAUAGAAAAAAAAUGUCAUUCACCAGCUUAGGUCGGUCUGUAUUGUGCGCUCUGUCUUAAGUACAGUUUUUCCCAAUACGGACCUUCCAGUUGAUUAAUAACAUUUAUUUGUUUAUCUGAUGUGUGUUAAACAUUUGGUGUCAGUGUUUAUGCGCUGUGCUAAGCUUGGUCAUAGUUCUGAGAGGGUAAAGCAACAACUUACAUGCUAAUAGUUAUGUGUAGCUUUCAGUGCAUUGAUUGACUAUUGCAUUAUUUGACCCACUUUCAGGGUACUAAACUAUCAUUUGAAAGAGAGUUAGAUGUACAGGUAUGUUUGCAAGCUAUAAAGGUGUAUUUCUGAAAGCAUUUCAUUAAUAAUUUCAAAAAUCAGUCGUAGGAGCGGAGUGAUGCGUCAACCCUCACUCUGAAUUCAUCUACAAUUACACUUCGUGUUGGACGUGUGGCUAUUGAAUGAUAUCGAUAUUGAUGACGUGUUAGAAAUACUUGCAGUGCGACAAAACACUCACCUGCAGCCCAACUUUAACCGAGAGACGGUAUCAUAAGUUAAGUUCGUGUCUGGCAGCUUGUACUUGACUGAAAAAAGAAGACGAAGAAGAUAAAAAUGGAAAACACUUUGAACUAGAAAACAUUUUGCAAAUACGUAUUGUAAGGGUGACAAAUAAGUGAUAAUAGAGGGGUUCAUAAAUGUUGAGCUCGGUAGUGAAAGAGGGAAAGUAUUUUUUUCGUCGUGAACGUGAAACAGAAAAGUAAGACAAAAAUUCAGACAAUUUAGUGUUAACAACUGGGUUGAAACGUAAAUUAGCCACCGUAAAGGGUAAAAAAGCUGACGUUUCGAGCGUUAGCCCUUCGUCAGAGCGAUCGCUCUGACGAAGGGCUAACGCUCGAAACGUCAGCUUUUUUACCCUUUACGGUGGCUAAUUUACGUUUUCAACCCAGUUGUUAACACUAAAUUACCUGCUAUACCCACCGACGCAGCACCACAGUUUCUUUAGAAACUUACCCCUUUAUUAAAAAAUCCAGACGUUCGAUUCCUCAUGGGAAUUUUUAUUUUUUCCACGCACGCGAAAAAACGAAAAACAUCUCUCUCACUCCAAUUAAGGGUUAAUGCUGAAGUUUCCUUCGCUUUGUCCUUCGCGUUUUCCCCUUUCCUAUCGCUUAUCCUUUUCACAUUACCCUACUUCAACCUCCUUUCCUUUCAGCAAAGGCUACUGAGUCUUAUCAAUACAAUUAUGGCUAAAAAACGAUAACAUACUUACACUUCGCCACUUGUUUACAUUAUGUACCUUUUUCUCACCUCGUAGCUGAAAGGGAAGAAGACAGCAAGUUUGCCUAAAAAGCCAGGAAAGAGGUUGAAAACCCAAACAGAGAUGACUAGCCCGAGAGACAUCGUUGAAGAAGGCAAAUGUGGAAAAGACUCGACAACAGAUGUUGAGCUUGGCUUAAACUGUUUACAUCUCAGCCCGAAAUGUGAACAGUUUAAGCCUUUCACUAUGGGAGAAUCGCCUGGUGAUUCUUCCAUAAUGCAUCAUGAUUUUAAACCUAUCAACAAACAUAUGGACAGAGUGACAUUAACAGAUGUAGGCAAAGCUAAACAAGGUCAUUGCGUUGUUGUUGAAAUAGCAAAAACUCACCCUAGUGGUGAUACUAUCGUUAUAUAUGGAAGGAAGAUCAAUGAAGAAGGAUCCAGUGUGGGUGAAGCUUUUCAACUGGCGACUAAGGAUCUCAAAGAUACUUGGGAGGAUGAAGAAAUGAUAGCUGAAAAUGUUCAAAUUGGUUCAGUUGUCAAAUACGUUCAAGCAGGAGAUGAAUUCCUAUUUCAAGGGAACACGAAACGUCCGCGAUGGGUGAGCAGGCUUUUUUGGCAUUAUAUUUUACUGUCUAAAAACUUAUAAUCCCAAGAAAGAGUUUGUGAAACGUUCGAACUGUUCACACAGUGGAGAACUUAUAAUUUCAUUGAGCAGAUUUGAUCAUAAAACCAAUUUUUUAAAAUAACCGCAUCAUUUUUUAGAUCACGGGAUUUGAACUAUUCUGAACAUAACACAUCUUUGGAAUACCUUUCGUUGUUUGUCUGCUCAGUUUUUGUUGUUUUUGUUGAUGAUGUUGUUGUUUUUAUUGUUUUUGUUGUUGUUGUUAUAAUCUUAUCUGGAUUCUUAAAACGGUUUGUUAUAAAAUUGUUCACUGCAAGGGUGGCAAGGAAUUUACUAAAUAGUGCUUGUGGUUGCAGGAUAUGGAUAGGAUUUUCCUGGACCUCAGCUGUACUGAUGGCGCUCACAGAGGCAUUGGUGAUGCUUUUCUCAGCUUCAAACUUUUAACCGAAGAUAGUUACCAAGACUGUACACCUAAGGAGACAUCAUGCUUCAGUAGCCUGAAAUGUGGUGUGGUUGAAAAUGACAGAAUUUCAGUCAUCACUAAGCUUUGGGAACUUUUGAAUCUCAAGCUGAAUUGUAGAGAAGAUUUUAUCCCACGUUUAUCUCCUUCUACACUAGAACUGAGUCUUGUGGAAGUGAACAAAGAUGUUGUGGAUGGCGCAGUUGUGGAGAUGAGAGAACCACUUCUGAUUUCAGGAGUUGACGGUUUCAGUAAGCUGUCUUACCCAGUUCUCGGCGAGGGCCUCAACCUUAGUAAGUACAUUGAACUUCUUAUAGCGGAGCUCGCGUAGCCCCAUUAUUAUACAAAAUAAUAGUAACCCAUCAAGCCGAAAAAAUUUGGAUGUACGACCGUGCGACCGUACAUGGUGCUACUUUUAACAUGCGUGGUCAAUUGUACCGCGGGCACGCCAACGCCACGGCUUUGUCCAGUAGUCCAGUGGUCAGUGCACUGGGCUCCGAGUCGCACGACCCGGGUUCUAGUCCUUGCCGGGGCAAGGUGUUGUGACGUGCGGGAAAAAAGAAAAAGCGAGCUCCGCUUUUAGGCUUGGCUAAAUCUAUAUAUUAUUGUGUGAUGUAUUAUUGCCGAGUUUAGCUUUUCGAUUUGAAUUUGUUUUUUAAAAACUAAAACAUGAUUAUGAACAGGUCGUUAAUUCUAAUGGUGUGUGUCAUCUACGGAGAUUAAUCUCCCUGAAGAGUGGAUGGCUUGGCAACCACCCACCUGCCAGAGUUUUGUUGCCUGUCAGAAAAACCUGAGCUGCAUCAUUGAAACAGUUUAUUUUCUUUCGUUGAUAAAAUUUGAAGAUUUUGUCAAGGUAACCUAGGGAAGGGAGGCAUAUUAAUCUCAGAUACCCAUGAUCACAAUUACAAAACAGUAGACAAAGAAAUAAGAGAAAAUUUAUAAGCCCUAACCAUAAAAAUAAUACCAUUAGCCUUGACUAUGAGGCUUAUGGGCCACUCAUGGGGAAAUGUUGUCUGUUACAGGGGUAUAGAAGCAAAACGGUUUGAUUCGUUUGUAUUGUGUGAUAUGUCUUCUUUAAUUACAAAAAAAUGUGGAUGGAUAAGCAAGCAAUCUAGCCGUAAAGCAGUAUUCUUUGAGGUUUCUUGCCAAGAAACCUGGUACUAUUUUUUAGAGUUUUAAGACCAACUUACGCCUGUAAUGAUACUGCAGAUGCUCAACUUUUUUUAUUUCUUUCUACUCAGGAGACGAGCCUAAAGAAACCUCAGUCGAAGCGGAGAAACCUGAAGCUGAGGAAAAAGACGAUGAAGAUGAAAACGCCUUUUAAGUCCCAGGAAAAAUCAAGUUGAAUUAUGUGACCGGAUACAUGAACUGCCGUGUCCAAGAAAUAAGAGAAAAUCUCGACAUGAAAUCGAGUAGUGGAAGUCAAAACUGACGCCAGAAGGCGAUAUUUUUUAAUUCGGAUUGCUAAACACAAUACUUAUCGUCAGAGAACACAAUUUUAAGAUUAAUGAAAUUAUUGUUGCUGUUAUUCUAGGUGUAUUAUGUAGAUAUUUAUAUAUUCUUAAAAAUAUAAUAUUUCAGUCAUUGCUGAAGUUCCUAAAUUGAGCACAACGUGUCAGAAGCCUUCGUUGGCUUACAUCUCUAUUGUUUGCCUUUAGUCCUUUAGGUACAUUUUUUUUUACGUCAAUGCUUUGGUUGAAUUGCAAAACUUGUCUUCCUAACAAAACACAUGUUAAAGUGAAGCGAGUCUCACCCUAGUGACAUGUUUGUGACCUGAGUUUUUGUUGGCUCUAUGUGAUAUUUACCAUUGUUCUGGUUUUACAGAACUUAGUGGAAAAGGACUCUACCAUACGGUGGUUGGUUGGUUACACCCAACUAUUGAUAAUUUGUAAAUACAUUUGUAAAGAGUAUCUAUCAUAAAGCAUUAGCAGCUCCUUAACUUAUAUUUUACACUUGUGCUUACUGUCAAGUGCAUGAUGCAUGGAGCACAAACCGAGCUUUACUGGGUCAAGUGUCUGUUUUGAAUUUUCAAAGAGAAUUUUCUCGCCAGUUCUUAAAGCGUAAAUUUAUGUCAUUUGUUUGAAUGUUCCAAGGAGGGCAUUUUUCCUAAGUUCAUUACUAGGGUCGAUAUUUAAAUGACUUGGAGAUACGUGAAUAGUUUAUAAGUUUCAUUUUGCCUUAAGGAAGUGAAAAACUUGUUUGUAAUUUCGAAAACAAUUUCAAAAACAAAGCGAAAUGGAAAUGGUAAGAUGUUAACUUAAGAUUUCGCAAAAAUUAGUAUGUUUUUUAUACUAGGACAAUUUUAUGAAUAGCAAGUAUUCGAAAAGUUUUCAUACAUGGUGCUAUGCCUAAUUAAAGAAUUAGGUUUAGGUAAAUAUGCAAAAAAAGGUGAAAUAACAUGUUGUAGAAAUAAGUAAUAAUGUAAAUAGAAUGUACACUAUCAGAAGCUUGUAAAUUUAAUAGAUCUUUAUGUUCAGUUAAGUACUUUGAGGAUUCAAAUAAAUAUUCAUGUUAUUAUGCCUUGUCUCAAUUACUUUUUUGCGGCAAUAAAGACGUCGAAGUGAAUAAUGGCUUAAACUAAAUUAUCAAUCAAUUGUUUGAGGGAAUUACUUUUGGACUUAAGAUAAUUAAGCAUUUGUUAGUUAAGGAUGGCAACAAAAAUAAUUGAAGUCAAAAUAGUCCACGCAGCAAGAUUAAUUCGAGGGGUGAAAAUGUAAAAAAAUGAUCAAUGCAAAUGUACAACGAUGAUUAACCAACAUUUUAGAAAACGAUUUUCACGUGCGUCAAUAACAGCGUGCUGCAUGACUAAAGUGCUCGGAAUAGCUAUUGCAGUUAAAUGGGUUUCCUCUCUAUCCCAAGGUUUACGUUCUCAUUGUGGUACGCUGUAUAGCCCGAACGGUAAGUGUCUAGUCAAAGUAAAGAAACUUCAGAUUUGCCAGGAUAUGAUUGUGCGUAGUUAAGCAAGAUUGAAGCUGGCUGCUGUGCAAUAGGCAUGGAAUUCAUUCUCGCUUUGUCACUUGGAUUGGUUAAAAACGUUUACCACUCCCCUGAUAACGGUGAGUUGACGCUGAUAUUUUUCGAUUCUUUACCGCUAUAUUAAAUAUUAUUUUAAUAUUUCAUGUGUAGAGUUCGUCGCAUGACACUUUGCUUAGCCUUUGAAAACAAAAUAAUGAUGAUACAAUUGAAGGCGUAUUUUAGAUGCUGUAUCUGCGCGACAAUAAAGUUUGAGGGCUUUCUGCUUGUCAACUUUGUUUUUCUUAAAUUUCAAUUAUUGCGAUCAAAACGCGAAAACACCUCAUUUUCUUCUUGUAAUUAGUAAAAGAACAAUUUUAUUAGGUUUCUAUUCACGUUUACUCGCUAAGCUUUGUCGUUCAAGCUUAUAAUUUGCGGGAAAGUAACCUAACCUAGCCUGAAGUUUAAAACUUAAAUUUUGACUCACUCCACUCCAGCAAAAAAACAAACCCCAUUUGAAUUUAUGAUUCCAUGCCCUGAAAAAACCGUAUGUGAUAUUAAAAUAUCAUCCUUAUCUACUAGAUACAAAAGGUGACUUCAUUUGGGUUAAUUUUUUUUCAUGUUUUGUAGUCGAAUGGGAUCAAUAUCAGUAUCUGGGCAGAAGGCGCUAUGUAACAGAGUUAUUUGGUCGAAUGUUUCAGUUCUAUCUGGAGCAGUUUGAAAUGAUCAUCGUUCUUAAAAGUAAUUCACACUCAAGAUUCUUACAGAAAAUUCGACAGUUUAUAUGAGUUAAUUAAUGUCAAAAACGAAAAAUAAUUGAAUACAUUUAAUUUCUUUUUGUAUAUCUCUCCCAAAGUAGCUGACAACUGCAACUUUUGUGAAUUUUUCAACGGAUGGAAAAAAAUAUCCAGUUUGAAAAUUUUUUUUCCCUAUUGACGAUUUUUGGUUUGCUUAUAAAUGUGAAAACAGCAGAUUUGAAUUUAUUACCGAACCUUUACAUUAGCGUCAAAAAUUAAAUAGGAAAACGUGUAUAUUUAGAAGCUUCUCCAAACUCCCGGGUAAAACAAUAAAAUGUCACCCAUGAAGGUUUCGUUGUAGGGCCCCAGAUGAUCACGCCAACGUAAAACACGCGAGUUUUCGAGUGAUCACGCGUGCAAACGAAGACUUUUAAACGUCACGAAUCUAAAAAUGGUCAUCGACAAUUUUUUGUGCGGGGUUGUGUAGGAAAAAAAUCGAUGAUCGGUGAACAAAGCAGUUGUGAUAAAGUGAAAAAUCGCAUAUUACUCGUUUUUUUUUGUUUAAUGAGUCGGUUAUUUUGCUUUUAUGGCUGAUUUCUUAGUAAAGCAGAAAGCAUACCGCAAGGGAUUGCUAAAACUGUCUGGAUGAUUCUACUUUUGAAAAUUCAUGCACUAACUCAGGAGUUGAUCAAAAGUUAUUACAGUUUUGAAGCAAAACAAACUAAUAGUUGAGACUGGCAGACGCCAAGGUCACUUUUCGUCAUAAAAGUGCCCUGGGGCGCUUACUCCUAAGGCAGGAAAGUAAAGCGGAUAGAGAAGCGUAGCGCGCAGCCGAUUGGUAAAACAGGUUUUAUUUUUACAGUACAAAAUAAGCAGCUAUCCAAAUAACCGUACAGUAUCGCAAGAUGUUUAUAGUCUAUUCGCGCGUUAUUUGUAGUCUACUUUACACGGUUGGAUAAUAAUAAGGUGUAGUUUUUUGUUGUGGGAAGUAGUUUUAACUUUCAAGUCUGUUUUAAAAAAUGAAAGAUUUUCAGAAUUUCUCUCGUGUAGUUUUGUUCAUUAUGAUGUAAAACUAGUUACGUAAUAAAUGAAUUCUUGGUGUGAAAGCCGUUCUUAAAUAUUUUCUGGAUCAAAAGAGUCCUCUCAGAACAGAAACAUUUGGCCGGGAAUGAAAUUUUACUUUUCGCACCGGUUUUGUUGUAUUCCGAUUGAAACUAAAGAAUUAGCAGGACAGCGUGACUGGGACGAUUUUGAAUUCCAAGAUAGAACGCCAAACACUGACGACUAGGUAUCUCGGGGGGAGGGGGAGGGGAUUUGUUACAUUUGCUUUGUCGGGGAGUGUCAAAUUCAGGCGGAUGUCGCUUUUCUAACUCUUCUUUCCAGUGUAAAACUGAUCUUUUUUUGCAAAAAAGAAUUAUUACUCGGGCUUUCCAAAGGAGACGCCCGAGUUGAAAUUCCGGCCUCGUUUGUUCUUACGUUCAAUUGCAAAUUGCAGUCGAGUCCCUCGCAUGCGCGACGUUUUGACUGAUGAGCGCAUGGCAUGGUGUAGUGGCGGAAGAACAGAAGUCUGGAGUGUAUGAUACACUCAAAAUGGAUACAAAUUAUGCACACACUAAAAGAUGUCGAGCGUUUUCAGAACGGGUCGGUCCGCGAACCUUAUGAGAGAUCUCUUUGUGAGCGAACAUUCAUGAGUGAUCAAUCCAUUCGAGAGGAGGGCUGCGAAACUAUAGUCAUUUAGAUUAAAGUAUGCGUCGGCCAGCGUUUUUCAUACUACUCACCUAGAACUUUCCCUAUGAGGUUUGCAAGAAAACGGACAAAGUACUGCUAUUUCUGCAAACCUUCCGUGAAAAGCUGGACCCGAGUAAGUCUGAAAUGUCCUGGAAAGAGGCACAAUCAAGUGGACAAGCUGGUGGAAGUGAUAUACGCGUGCUCGUGCAGGAAUUGCUCGAAAGGCCCAUAAAGCUCAGAAAACUCGUUAAGAUGAGAUUUAGCAAGAUUUUGAUCAAUCUGAUAAGUAUGAGUGAAAAAUUUGAUAGUUUGAAGUUUCUGUAGCACUUCGCUUCCUAGAAGUUUUCAAAGGCAGGAGAUCGCGGAAAAGAUGAGAGCAAGUGGGAUUUUAUGAAAGGAUUUUUUCGUGGGGAUGGGGAGAAGGGUGGGGAGGCGAAAAUUGGGAGGUUGGAAGAUUGGACAGGAUGAGGCUCAUCAGCAGAACCUAUUUUACUAUUCGGUCAUGCAAUAUCCGAUUAUCGUGAACGAACAAUUCUUUAUAAACCACCAAUUUAGGCUACAAUAUUAACAUAGACAUGCAAUCUAAUGCUCGGUCAAGUUGUAAAUAUAACUAGCUCUAAGCGGAUAAACAAACACACGAAUGAACAAAUAAACAACAGUUAUCGAUCCCAGGCUCAGAGCUUUUUUUUUUCAUUUGCAAGCUUUAAUCGUCAUCAGCACUCUAAACAUGCUUAUUAUUAAAAGUGUGUUUGAAGAAAAAGUGAGCGGAAUCAGGCCUUGCGGUAAUACUCAAAUCACCGAUUUGGCUCAAACUUGGCAAAAAUGCUGAGUAGUAUGAGUUAACAAAAGGUUAAAAAAUAAGAGGUCAAAAUAUUUAAUUUCUUGAGGGAUAAUUAAUUAGAUAACUUUGACUUGCUACUGUGACAAACAGUUAAGACAUCUGCAAAUCCAAUUCACUGGAUUAUCUUCUCAAUCUGUUAUAUUUGAAGAACAUUAAACUCUUUUAACUUGUCUAUUUGAUUUCUUCCCUUUCCGCUCCCUCAAGUAAAGACAGAUUUUCUUGGAUUUGACGAAGUCCAAAAAUAAGUGUAUUUUAAGGCCCAAUAUCUACAUUGAGCAACCACCGUAAUCGUAAUCGUAAUACCUAAAUGAGAAGUUAAAGCCAUCACUUAACUUCCGAAAACAGCAGUAAAAUUUGUGGGUGUUUUUUUUUAUCAGUGCUAACGUGAAAUGUACAUCCAACCAACCGCCUUUUGUCUGUCUCAACGAAAGUGUCGAAAAGCAUAUCAUUCUUCACUUCAAAACUAAAUGAAAUCUCCAAAUUUCUCGCUUGCACGGAAAAAUUUUCGCAUUCCGGAAGAAAUGAUGUCCGUGGAAAAACAUCCUUGCUUAUAAUCCAUCAAAUAUUUUUGCUCGCGCGCGAUUGGUGUAAUCGCAUCACGCGAUCGAAUGUGCACCAAGUGAUAUUCCCCAAUUUUCAAAUCUCGCGUCUAUUAGGAUAAAGGCGUUCGUUUAAAAUUUAAUUCAAGAUAAGAGAGCGUUUAGCUAUUGUCGCAGAAGAAAAUACAUGCUUGUUUGUUCAUAAAGUCGUGCGAGAAAACACUGAAAAAUACACAUCCCAUUCAGCAAACGUUAGCUUCAUGUUCGUAAACAUUUUUCCCUUUGCAAAAAUAUUUGAAGGAUAAUAAGCUCAACAGCCUCCAUUUUGCGCAAAAAUAUGGCCGUAUAUUUGUCCCUGACCAUUAUAUGUUUCUAAAAAUUCAUAGUUUAACUCAUGAUUCGUUCUCGGAAAACCGUUCGCUUCUCGGAACAGACAACGUCCGCGGACAUGUAUCCGUGCAUAUUUUCUCGCCAAAUGGAAGCUAUUCUUGCUAUGUAACACAGAUGCGCCACUAAUCUGCGUUUCAAAUGUAAAGAAGACCUGAAAAAUGUUAUAUUAGCUCGGAUUGUAAAUGAAAUUGGCAUAAAGAAAUAAAGAAAAGUUACUCAUUCCGGUCGCAGAACUUAACUCCUAAGGGAGGAGGUAGCAAUACUCAGUUCUCACAAAACACCGUCCAUUUGUCUUUUACAAGUUUAGUGGUCUUGCCUCCUCUAACUCCAGGCUUUACAAUGAUUUUCAUCGAGUCCAAAGUCAUAAGCCGACUAUGCAUUACCUUAAUGAUUCGAUUGAGCGCCCUCCUUCCAAUAGGCGCCCUCUCUCAUCUAAACGCCCCCUAAAAAUUUGGUUUUUGUUAAUUAGCGCCCCCAGGUAUUGAGUAAGCACUCUCAUUUCAAGAAACAUCCCUUAAUCCAAUAAGCGCUCCUCAUUAUUCUGCUUCAAUGAUAGCACUAUUAGAGUAAAUGUAGAUCAACCUUGGUCCAACAUCCUUUAAUUUCUUAUUUAAGCCUCAAUAAAGAAAAGGUGGUCUACGUUCCAGUCUCUCGACUAUUAUGUCCACGUUAGUGUACAGUUCCUUCAAACGAAUUUUUUGUUUAUUUGAUCAUAAACAUUACAAUUUCCUCGAUUGUGAUUGGUUUAAAAACUCUUAUUUCCCAUUGAUUUACUUGCCAAGUUGUCAUUGGACAGUUUGUAAUCGGAUAGUUUGUUAUCGAAUAGUUUGUUAUCAGACAGUUCAAUAAGCCGAUCACAUUCAAAGCUGUAGUUUAAAUCAACAAAUCACAUUCAAAAGCGCCUCCUUUGUCAUUUUUUUUUAUGCAAAUUUCCCCUUUUUUCAUAACUUGGCUAUUCUUCUUUUCUCGGAAAUUAUAAUUUCUCCUAAAUGAUUAUAAUGGUUCAAUAGUUCUGAUUUCUAAUGGUAGGCUAUUCCAAUAGAUCUACACGAUGAUUAACAACAAGAAAAUUCAAAAACUUAAGUUCUAAAACGACCCUCAAUUAGCAAGUGUGACUUCUUUAUUUCGAUAUAAAACUUAUAUCAUUUGAAACUAACGUACGAUAGAACAUAAAAAUCUACAUGACCUGUAAGGCAUUUAGAAGAGAACUGAACUUAAACCUAAUACCUUCCUUCUAAAUUCGAGAGGCAAAAACCUCACUUUGGCUUAACGUUCUGGAUAAGUCAGAUCAGAUUUCAAGGGACAUUUUUUUUCCUCUGUGUGGUUAUCCUUUCUCAAUGGAUAUGUCUGCAAAGUGUGACCCAUUCAGGCUCUAUGAUGCAAGAAAUAUAGCCUGAAUAUAUUUUCAGGCUAUAAAAAAAAAUGCCCGCUAAUAUCAAAGUCACUGAAAAAACAGUCUUAAAAGAGGGGACACAACCAUCUCUCUUAAUAACUGAAUUAAAGAAGCUGUUGAAAAGAUCCGCUUUCUCUUGAAAAUAAAAUACUUAAGCGCUAUUGUAUUGCACAGAAGAUGGAAGGCUUUUGUUCUCAUAUCUGGAUUGAUACUAUGACAAAUUCGCUCACGAUUUUCUGUUAAAGUGGAUAACAGUCUUGUAAAGUAUUGUUUCCGUUUCAAUCUAAUUAGUGACCUAAGUUCCACACGGCACUUUCGAAAUGUUGCGCAGUGGUGUUCAGAGGAGGAUUUUCCUUGCCUUCUUUCUAAGUCCCUCCUUCUUUCUUACAGCUUUUGAAACUUAGAACAAAUUGAAACUAAGAACAAGUCUGUAAGAAUCAAACAUCUUGGAAAUGAAAAUUUUCAACCCCCCUUCAAAUUUUGCAUGUAGUUAGGCACUCAGGGGGGAUGCACAAAAAUGCCCUUUUUAAAGGUCGCAGCACUCUUGUUGCCAUGGUAACAACGACUGCUUGUUCGAGGCCUGGGGCCUCAUUUUCAUACAAAAACGUCGCAAAAAAAGAGUGAAAUGUUUAUUUCUCUACCUCAAGCUAAAUAUAACAUUACAAAUUGGCACUUCUACCAUACAUAGUGACAUCAUUCGUCUUCACUUUGAUUUAUUCAAUUUUCCCUGAGAGUGAAUGUGAACACACCAAUAGAUUAUUCAUCUCGGUACAGUUUCGGUCAUUUUUGUUGUCGGGUAAAACAGGGAAAACGUUUAUCUGAAUUUCUCCAAAAGUACACCGAUUCUGGAACUGAAACUACUCACCUAGCUGGUUAUAAUAUUCUAGUUUUUAAAUAUGUAAAAAUCUCUGCGGGCCUGCCUCUACUUUUUAUAGGGGCAAUUCGCGAAAAAAGCUCAAAAUCAGAUAUUGCAUAAUUUGGCGAUGUUUACAUCUAAUGUUCUCAACAACAAAUGUUUCAGACAAAUGAAACAUGCACGGCUUUGGAAGAAUGUUAUCCUAUGAGCAAUAUCCCGAAGAGAAAUUUCGCCUCUCGUUGUCAUCUUUCUUUGGAGCGACCGAUGGAAACUUCAUAAAAUACAGCGUCACGCCAUCGUGACAACGUACAUAUUUAUGACAAAUGACCGGUGUGAGGAUAGUUUCGUGUAGAUCAGCCGACUUCAACUUGUUUCAAAUGACAUACAAGUAUAUCAGUGUAUCUUCAGAGGACUUCGGAUCGCUCAAAUUCCCAUGAAUGAAGGUGCAGCACUCGGAAUCUGGAUGAUAUGCACACGAUUUGAGGUAUAUGUUUGUAGUUAUGUCGAGUAGUCCUCCAAGAAGUUUGAUCAAUUUUUUUUAAAUGGAGAAUUUUGGCCAGCUGGGGAAGGAAAACAUAAGAAACGGCCAGUGUCACGCGCAAUUUACUAAAUUGCGCCAAUUUUUCUUUGCGCACAUUAAUGAAAUCACGUAUCACGCUCAGAUUUUUCACGCGUCACGCACUAAUUUUAGCCCUAAUCAAGCUUCAUGCACAAAUAUUUCGACGCCCUCUAAGUUUGUAACCAAGACAGGGCUGAAGAGAGAGGAGAAAUUAUACUGGCAAGGUGGUUCUGAGAUAACACGUGACAGAUUAAGAAGGAUAUGGGUCGGGGUUUUAUUUCCUUCCUUCCGACCCCUGUCCCUUCACUGGUUUGCUCCCUCCAGGCUUUUGAUGAUCUUUACAAGAAAAAAUAACGCUUGCAGUGCAAACCAGGUGUUCUGUAUGAUGGUUCUGUUUGUAAAACGGAGUGAGAUGUGGUGAGAAACGAAAUAAGGAUAACCUCGUGCCCAGAUCCUACCGUGUCUGAGUAGGAAACUAGGUUCGAUUUUUUACCGCCGAACCGCAAGUAAAGCGGACACUUUCGCGCCGAUUCACAUGUCUAUUGGGCUGUAUGUUCUGACGGACCCCUGGAACAACAAAAAUCGUUACUUGACUAUUUUCUUGGAAAUGUUAGGAAAGAAUGAAAAGUUUGGCGUCGUUAUUGCUGUUUCAAAGGCUUACGAUAGCGCAACCAGCUUUGUGUACGCUAGGGAGGUCGAUGGAAAUGAAUUUGGCGGUUUCGGCAAACCAUUUCAGUUAUCAAGAAGGUCAAACGACUUUUCAAAACAUGAGUGGGACAACGACAUCCUAACAGAUGAAAAGAUUGGCCUUGGAACAAUCCUGAAAUAUGAACAAUUAGGGGAAGAAUAUCUCUACACGGAAAACACAAAAUUUCGGCCGCAGGUAAGCACUGGUAUCGAUACGAUAGCACUAUGUUUCUUUAUAUUCCUAAGGUAACUCCGCACACAAAAAUAUUUUUUUUCCAAAUAAUACUUUAUGAUUUCCUAAAAAUUUCUUUGGAUUUUCUUUGAGAAUUCUUAAACUGGCUGGAAUCGUUUAAUUUUCUAUCAAAAAUCCCGCAUGUCGCCAUAUCAUUCUCACAGCAUAGUGGUAAUUUUGUUGGGUGGUGACGUCACUGCGUUGUCAGAGAUUUUCAACAUGGCACCUACGAGAGGAAAUCUCGCAUUAGCUCUUCACAAUUUUGAGCGUGAAAACUCAAAGGACGAUGAAAGCUUUGUCAUCAGUUCAGGUGAAGAAUCUGAAGGAACUGAUGAGGAUGUUUUGGGGCGUUUGCAAAAUCUGGAGUGGUUUAAAUAUGCAAAUUGCAACACAACGACCUUGAACAAAGCAAGGGAGUAUUAAACGCAUCAGGUCCCUGAAACAUUUUGCAAGUGUCGGCCCUGGCGGAUACCAACAAUGGAGAGAUGAAGUGCAUACCGAGCCUGACGCCUUUGGUGCCGUUUGUUUAUGUAGAGCUGUAUUAAAAACAAUGCCUAUUCCAAUUGAACAGCUCAUUUAAGGAAGAAAUAAAUUUGUCAUGUUGUUUACUUACAUUGUAACUCAUUGUACAUUGUAGUUUUUCAAGUGUUGAUAUUUUUAUCUCUAUGUUAUGGAUACCAAAACAUGUUGUUUCAAUAAUACUAGUUCUGUUUAUGUCUACUUUAUGAUUCUUACUUGGGGCUCAUUUGUUUUAGAUGAACUUUUGUUUCUGCUCUCCCUCAUCUACCUUUCUUUUAACAAAAAACCACUAGUCUGAAAUUCUAAGUCUACAACCUUUAUACAGUUCCAGCUCUUGAGGUUCAAGGGCAGAAUGCAGGGUAGUCACUAAGAAAUUUGGCUCAAAGAUGGUCCUUAAAGGAAGGUAUUUUGCUUACAACAAGGGGACUGGCUUGGGAACAAUAAUUUGUUCCCAGACAUUUGCAAUGCUAACAGAAGUCUGCUUUUUCCCCUUGGGGGUGAUUGCAUCUUUCCCCUUUUUACCCAGCACAAGUUCAACAAUUUUUUUAUUAAAUGCAAACAUCAGAUUGGGUGUUCCUAUAAAUACUGUAUUUUAAGUGCUGACAAAGCCAAAUGUUAACCUUGAUUACAAAACAUUGAGUUUUCUUCUUUUGUUUUGAAGGAUAUUAAUAAAAUUCAGAUGGACCUUAACUAUGGUGAAGGCGUUUUUAAAGGUAUUAAAGAUGCUCUUCCAGAAGCUAAAAUUUCAUCAACAAAAGGUAUUUACCAGGACAUUGGACCACCAAAGCUUCCAAUUUUCCUCGUCAGCUUUACAUCUGGUGAGAUAAAAAAUGAGAGAAUUUCUUUCAAGACAAAACUUGGGGAAAGUAUAAACCUGAGGUUGAAUUGUAGGGAUAAUCUUUUGUUGUCCCCUUAUCCUGUUAAACUAGAAGUGAGAGAUGUGAAAGGUGACUAUGAUGUUGGUGAUGUAGCUCUCAUCAAAAUGGGAGGCUUGGAAAGUAGUCUAAGGAACCCUACACACCAUGCUGUUUGUGAAGGCCUGAUCAUUAGUAAGUGUAUUUUUUUAUUGAAAUUUUUAUUGCAUGUUACUUUCAUUAAAAGUUGGUAAUAUCAUGACAAGCUAAAUAAACUAAAGCCCAUUUCAUGUUUUGGUCAAAUCAAGUAGUUCUUAAGACACAAGAGUCAGUUGAGACACUUGGCUAAGAUUGAGUUUAACUUUGAAUCUGGAACUUUUUUUAGACAAAUACAAUUUUAAGUGCAUCAUUUCUGUUUUCUGGAAGCUUUUGUAUGACAGGCAGAAUUAUGCAGACAUUUUGAUUGGUUAUUUCUUGAAUUCUUUUGGAGAACAGAUGUAUUGAUGACAUUGCCAUUAACAACUAUGUUGCUGUGGGUCUGUUUAGUAAAAGGUCACAGAAAAUGUCAUAUUGUGGAAUAUAAAUUAUUUUAAUUUUCCACUCUAUCAUGAGAACAGUUAAAACCCGAGGUAAAAUAUCUAAUUCCUGGGGCUUAUUUUGUGGAAUAGCAUAGCACCGUUUAAAAUUAUAGCUGGUAAAAUUAGAGUUUAUGACCUGUGCUCUGCCCUACAUUUUGAGGAAAGUCAUUUUUAAUCUUAAAAGAGGAAAAUAUAGAGGGUAACAAGAAUUUCAAGAGAUGUACUUCAGGGAAUUGACCAUAAAUAAACCCAGAUUAUUGCUGAUGCUAUUGGUUCUUGGGCUUCAGAGUUCAACAGUGACUGUGGAGUUAAAAUCUAUUAGACUGGAAUGGUUACAAAAGUCUGGAAGUGAACAAAUAUGUUUUGUUUUAAAUUUCUGUUUCUUCAGGGUACAAACCAAAAGUAAUUUCAGUUGAUGAGGAGCCAGUGAAGGUCAUGGAUGUGAAUGGAGAGUUGCAUCAGUUAGUAUUAGGAAGUGUCAAGUUUGACACUGGGAAUGAUGCUGCAACAGCGAUAUCUAAAAAGCUAGUAAAUUAUUUGGGCCUUAAGCCCAAUAUGCUCAAGAAAAGAAAAGUGACUUUUGCAGGAGGGUUGGACAUGUCAUGUGGUUUGGUUGAAAUUAGUAUUGUUGUCAGAAGACAUGAAUUUUGUGUUAAAGCAUUAGUUGGUGCUGUUGGCCCAGACACCGACCUAUUAGUGGGUAUGGAUGUAAUACAACGUUUAGGUGAAGAAAAGUUUACUCUAGGAACACCUUAA